CUAAUGGACUCUGGUCACAUAGGGCUCUGAUCCUAAUGGGCUCUGAUCCUAAUGGGCUCUGGUCCUAAUGGGCUCUGAUCCUAAUGGGCUCUGGUCCUAAUGGGCUCUGAUCCUAAUGGGUUCUGGUCCUAAUGGGUUCUGGUCCUAAUGGGCUCUGAUUCUAAUGGGCUCUGGUCCUAAUGGGCUCUGAUCCUAAUGGGCUCUGAUUCUAAUGGGUUCUGAUCCUAAUGGGCUCUGGUCACAGAGGGCUCUGAUCCUAAUGGGCUCUGAUCCUAAUGGACUCUGAUCCUAAUGGACUCUGGUCACAUAGGGCUCUGAUCCUAAUGGGCUCUGGUCCUAAUGGGCUUUGAUCCUAAUGGACUCUGGUCCUAAUGGGCUCUGAUCCUAAUGGUCUCUGGUCCUAAUGGGCUCUGAUCCUAAUGGGCUCUGGUCACAGAGGGCUCUGAUGCUAAUGGAAUCUGAUCCUAAUGGGUUCUGGUCCUAAUGGGCUCUGAUCCCAAUGGGCUCUGGUCACAUAGGGCUCUGAUCCUAAUGGGCUCUGAUCCUAAUGGGUUCUGGUCCUAAUGGGCUCUGAUCCUAAUGGGUUCUGAUCCUAAUGGGUUCUGAUCCUAAUGGGCUCUGAUCCUAAUGGGCUCUGGUCCUAAUGGGCUCUGAUCCUAAUGGGCUCUGAUCCUAAUGGGCUCUGGUCACAGAGGGCUCUGAUCCUAAUGGGCUCUGAUCCUAAUGGGCUCUGAUCCUGAUGGGUUCUGAUCCUAAUGGGCUCUGAUCCUAAUGGGAUCUGAUCCUAAUGGGGUCUGAUCCUAAUGGGCUCUGAUCCUAAUGGGUUCUCGUCACAUCGGGCUCUGAUCCUAAUGGGCUCUGAUCCUAAUGGGUUCUGAUCCUAAUGGACUCUGGUCACAUAGGGCUCUGGUCCUAAUGGGCUCUGAUCCUAAUGGGUUCUGGUCCUAAUGGGCUCUGAUUCUAAUGGGCUCUGGUCCUAAUGGGCUCUGAUCCUAAUGGGCUCUGGCCCUAAUGGGCUCUGAUUCUAAUGGGCUCUGAUCCUAAUGGGCUCUGAUCCUAAUGGGUUCUGGUCCUAAUGGGCUCUGAUUCUAAUGGGCUCUGGUCCUAAUGGGCUCUGAUCCUAACGGGCUCUGGUCCUAAUGGGCUCUGAUUCUAAUGGGCUCUGAUCCUAAUGGGUUCUGAUCCUAAUGGGCUCUGGUCCUAAUGGACUCUGGUCCUAAUGGGCUCUGGUCCUAAUGGGUUCUGGUCACAGAGGGCUCUGAUCCUAAUGGGCUCUGAUCCUAAUGGGUUCUGGUCACAGAGGGUUCUGGUCCGAAUGGGUUCUGGUCACAGAGGGCUCUGGUCCUAAUGGGUUCUGGUCACAGAGGGCUCUGGUCCUAAUGGGUUCUGGUCACAGAGGGCUCUGGUCGACAGGUAGUGCACUAAAUAGGGAAUAGGGUGACAUUUGUGACACACAGCUGAGUUUUACUGUAUCUCUCAGCAGAAAACAGACAAUGGAAAUCAAUGGGCUGGCCUGAAGGCCCUCGCUCUCACACAGUCACUGGGCUCACUCUUAAAUAUGUAUACACACACAAGGGUUGGGGAGACCUCUUCUACAAUAUGCUUCUCCAAAUAUCGCGAUAUCUGAUAUAACCGUUCUGCUCCGAUAAUGACUAGAUAACUCCAGACUGUUGCUGUUGUUGUGUGUGAGAAUGUGUGUGAGUGUGUGUGAGUGUGUGAGUGUGUGUGAGUGUGUGUGAGUGUGUGUGAGUGUGUGUGAGUGUGUGUAUGAGAGAGUGUCAAUUCAAUUCAAUUCCAUUAUUUAAUUUAAGGGCUUUAUUGGCAUGGGAAACGUAUGUUAACAUUGCCAAAGCAAGUGAAGUAGAUAGUAAACAAAAGUGAAAUAAACAAUAAAUAUUAACAGUAAACAUUAAACUCAGAAGUUCCAAAAGAAUAAAGACAUUUCAAGUGUCAUAGUAUGUCUAUAUACAGUGUUGUAACAAUGUGUAAAUAGUUAAAGUACAAAUGGAAAAAUAAAUAAACAUAAAUAUGGGUUGUAUUUACAAUGGUGUUUGUUCUUCACUGUUUGCCCUUUUCUUGUGGCAACCGGUCACAAAUCUUGCUGCUGUGAUGGCACACUGUGGUCUCUCUCUCUCUCUCUCUCGCUCAUUUAAAUUAUGCAUGAUAAGUAACACGUUUUGUGUGAAUGAAAAACCCCUUGUUCUUUUGUUUGGUUUUCAUAAUGUUUCAAUGCAACAUCACCGGAGCCACAUGGACACAGUAUUGCACAGAGCAGGUCUUUGCCUCAGAUCUACAACAGUCUCUGAAGACAUGUUGAAGCUCUGGUAGCUCAUGUCGGCUAUCAGGAUCUCCACACCAAUAGAACUAGAAUUACUACUGAUCUAAUAUUCACAGCAUCUCAGUCCCUGGCCCUGACUCCAGCCUGACUAGAAUCAACCUUCCCUGGGUAAAAUAGGGGGAUGUCUGUGGGAGGUUUAUAAAGACCGAGCUGGGGAGAGGGGUCCUUUAGGGGUCCUAUCCACCUGGAGAGAUGAGACAGGCAGUAGAGUGGACACCUCAGGGGAAUGAUGAGGGCUACUGAGAACCAAUACACAUGUUUAACAUCAGGUUUACUGUUAUAAUCCCUGUAUCCCUCACUCUCCUUUAACAUCAGGUUUACUGUUAUAAUCCCUGUAUCCCUCACUCUCCUUUAACAUCAGGUUUACUGUUAUAAUCCCUGUAUCCAUCACUCUCCUUUAACAUCAGGUUUACUGUUAUAAUCCCUGUAUCCCUCACUCUCCUUUAACAUCAGGUUUACUGUUAUAAUCCCUGUAUCCCUCACUCUCCUUUAACAUCAGGUUUACUGUUAUAAUCCCUGUAUCCCUCACUCUCCUUUAACAUCAGGUUUACUGUUAUAAUCGCUGUAUCCCUCACUCUCCUUUAACAUCAGGUUUUACUGUUAUAAUCCCUGUAUCCCUCACUCACCUUUAACAUCAGGUUUACUGUUAUAAUCCCUGUAUCCCUCACUCUCCUUUAACAUCAGGUUUACUGUUAUAAUCGCUGUAUCCCUCACUCUCCUUUAACAUCAGGUUUACUGUUAUAAUCCCUGUAUCCCUCACUCACCUUUAACAUCAGGUUUACUGUUAUAAUCCCUGUAUCCCUCACUCUCCUUUAACAUCAGGUUUACUGUUAUAAUCCCUGUAUCCCUCACUCUCCUUUAACAUCAGGUUUACUGUUAUAAUCCCUGUAUCCCUCACUCUCCUUUAACAUCAGGUUUACUGUUAUAAUCCCUGUAUCCCUCACUCACCUUUAACAUCAGGUUUACUGUUAUAAUCCCUGUAUCCCUCACUCUCCUUUAACAUCAGGUUUACUGUUAUAAUCCCUGUAUCCCUCACUCUCCUUUAACAUCAGGUUUACUGUUAUAAUCCCCGUAUCCCUCACUCUCCUUUAACAUCAGGUUUACUGUUAUAAUCCUUGUAUCCCUCACUCUCCUUUAACAUCAGGUUUACUGUUAUAAUCCCUGUAUCCCUCACUCUCCUUUAACAUCAGGUUUACUGUUAUAAUCCCUGAGCACUGCUCUCAGACUAUAAUGAUGGUGAUGAGCACUGCUCUCAGACUAUAAUGAUGGUGAUGAGCACUGCUCUGACUAUAAUGACGGUGAUGAGCACUGCUCUCAGACUAUAAUGGCGGUGAUGAGCACUGCUCUGACUAUAAUGACGGUGAUGAGCACUGCUCUCAGACUAUAAUGACGGUGAUGAGCACUGCUCUGACUAUAAUGAUGGUGAUGAGCACUGCUCUCAGACUAUAAUGAUGGUGAUGAGCACUGCUCUGACUAUAAUGAUGGUGAUGAGCACUGCUCUCAGACUAUAAUGAUGGUGAUGAGCACUGCUCUGACUAAAAUGAUGGUGAUGAGCACUGCUCUGACUAUAAUGAUGGUGAUGAGCACUGCUCUCAGACUAUAAUGACGGUGAUGAGCACUGCUCUCAGACUAUAAUGACGGUGAUGAGCACUGCUCUGACUAUAAUGAUGGUGAUGAGCACUGCUCUCAGACUAUAAUGAUGGUGAUGAGCACUGCUCUGACUAUAAUGAUGGUGAUGAGCACUGCUCUCAGACUAUAAUGAUGGUGAUGAGCACUGCUCUCAGACUAUAAUGAUGGUGAUGAGCACUGCUCUCAGACUAUAAUGAUGGUGAUGAGCACUGAUCUCAGACUAUAAUGAUGGUGAUGAGCACUGCUCUGACUAUAAUGACGGUGAUGAGCACUGCUCUGACUAUAAUGAUGGUGAUGAGCACUGCUCUGACUAUAAUGAUGGUGAUGAGCACUGCUCUGACUAUAAUGAUGGUGAUGAGCACUGCUCUGACUAUAAUGAUGGUGAUGAGCACUGCUCUCAGACUAUAAUGGCGGUGAUGAGCACUGCUCUGACUAUAAUGACGGUGAUGAGCACUGCUCUCAGACUAUAAUGACGGUGAUGAGCACUGCUCUGACUAUAAUGAUGGUGAUGAGCACUGCUCUCAGACUAUAAUGAUGGUGAUGAGCACUGCUCUGACUAUAAUGAUGGUGAUGAGCACUACUCUCAGACUAUAAUGAUGGUGAUGAGCACUGCUCUGACUAUAAUGAUGGUGAUGAGCACUGCUCUCAGACUAUAAUGAUGGUGAUGAGCACUGCUCUCAGACUAUAAUGAUGGUGAUGAGCACUGCUCUGACUAUAAUGACGGUGAUGAGCACUGCUCUGACUAUAAUGAUGGUGAUGAGCACUGCUCUGACUAUAAUGAUGGUGAUGAGCACUGCUCUGACUAUAAUGAUGGUGAUGAGCACUGCUCUGACUAUAAUGAUGGUGAUGAGCACUGCUCUGACUAUAAGAUUAUCUGCCAUCGCCCAGACAAACAGCAAACAAACCAUCCAUUUACUGUAACGUAACACCAUUGAGGGAUAUGUGUGUGUGUGUGUGUGUGUGUGUACAGACAAUCGAGUGCCUCAGCCACACCACUGGCACAACACUGCAUCCAAAAAUCACACCCUAUUCCCUACAUAGUGCACAACUUUUUACCAGGGCUUAAAGAGCUAGUAGUGCACUAUAUAGGGAAUAGGGUACCAUUUGGGACACAGCCUGGGAUUUUGGACCAACCAUAUGAUAAGCUACUUGCCCUAACCUUUUCCUAACCCCUGACUUAACCCUUAUUUAAUUCCUUACCUUGAUGCUCACUUGCCCUGAAGUUUGAGCAACUUCUAGGUUGAUAUCUAUCAGUGUAGAUUGAGUGCAGGAUGCCGUUUCCUCAGCCACACCAAGUACACAGACAGACCCAGGUAAAAGGUCACCCGCCACAGAGGCUAACAACCUCCCACUGAGUUCCUACCUAUCUAAACUAGCGUUGACGCUAAUGGUACACAGAGGCUAAUCAUGCUAACAGCUAAGAGCCUCAUGCCGAGCUACAGACCCAAUGGGGGUUCACACCUGUCAUCUAGCAUUGACGCUAACGGUAUUGGUAUCCCAUCAACAUCAGUGAUGUAGUUGUUAUGUAAGAGCUAAGAGGAUGUGUCACGCUGCUAGCUAUAGGGGCGUGGCGUGGAGCACGGUGUGAAGCAUAACAUUCUGUCAGAGAAUCCUCUGUUGGCUCUGCAUGCACACACAGACACACACACAAUAAAUCGCUUGGCAGGCACGACAACACAUACAUACACACACACCAUAAAACUGUUACGGUCCGGCACUGUUGGUCCUGUUUCCGCUUGUUUCCCUUUUCCUUUUUUCCCUGUGUGUGUGUUGUCUGUGUCUGUCUCCCCCUGCUGUGCAGCCCAGUCAGAGGAUCUAGGUCAGGGGGCGUGGCCAUUCUCUAUCAUGCUCCGUUACCUCCAGCUGCGGCUCAUUGUCAUCAAUCAAACAGCAGUUAUCUACCCGGGCUGGACACCUCUCCAGCGCCAGUUCGUUCCUACACCACCUGUGGUAACUUGGCCCUGUACAGCAAAUCUCAGUUUAGUUGUACUCUCUCAGUAUUAUAGUUGUUUCUGCCACGUUUGUAACCUGUCUCUCCUUCGACCAGAUCCCGUCGUUCCUGCUGCCUGCCUGCCUGCCAUUCCCACGCCGCAACCUGCUCCUCUGUGUCUGAUAUCCUCGUCAUCCAGCUCUCAGGACUACUGGCUCUCCACCCCACUCAGCUCCUACUCCGGCCUGAAGCUACUCCCACCUUGAAACUGCUUCUCUCUGCCAAAAACACGCUGAAUAAACUACAUCCUAAUUUCACCCUCUUGUUGCGUGUGUCCGUCUCUGCACUGAGUCCCCCACCCAAACCUAACAGAACGAACUGGCCAACAUGGACUCAGCAGAGAUGCCACAUGAACAACGGGUGAUGGCGUACAACGCGCCCUCCAUUCACAGGGAAUGUUAUUGGGACACACGACCAACGCAUCCGGACUCUAUUGGAUAACAACCAGCAGUUGUUGGAUCACGUAUCUCAUCUCACCUCUCAGGUAGUUAACUGGUAACACUCACUACCCUUCCUCCCUCUGUUUUCUCCUCCACCUGUUCCCCUACAGUGGCUCCAGGCUCGGCUUACGCUCCUGCCCUUCGGGAACCCCUCUACAACCUCAUCACCCGAACCUUUCCACACGGGGACCUGAACAAGUGCCGUGGUUUCCUGCUUCAGUGCCGCUUGGUGUUCCAACAGAAGCCCCUGUCCUUCUCCAACGGAAUCCUCAAAGGUACAUUACGCUCUGGGGUUACUGAGGGGCAAAGCUUUGAUUUGGGCAGAAGCGGGCUUGUUCUACUCAGCAGAUUGCCAGCCUGUCGUUUGACGAUUUUUCCUCUCAAUUGGAAAUUGUGUUUGAUCACCCGGACUAUGCCGGGACCCGCCACAAAGAGACUGUUGUGAAGCUACGACAGGGCACGGGUAGCGUGGCUGAAUACGCCAUUGAUUUUUGGACCUUGGCAGCCGAUUCCAAGUGGAAUGACGAAGCUCUUCAGGGAGCGUUUGUUAACGGUUUGAGUGACACGACAAGGAUGAACUAGCUGUUCGUGAUGAGCCUGCUAACCUUCAUUCUCUCGUUUCCCUUGCUACACGAAUAGACAACAGGCUACGGGAGAGGAGACAGGAGAGGGGGCGGUCGGUCCGCACCACAGGCGGGGCCCCCUCGCUUCUGCAACCCGAGCAACCCCCCCAAAUGGGGGACCCCCGGGCCCACACCCCUCAGGGGAUCCCUCCCCGGAACUAGAAAAACCCAGCAGCGGGGCCUUUGCUCUUUUUCCCCUCCCAAAAAAGGAACGGGCGUGCGGGCUGGUGAGUGUUUUACUGUGGGGCCCCGCCCCUUUUUCCCGGGUUUUAACUGUCCGGUUCCCCCAAAAAAAACCCAACUCGCAAUUAAAGGGGGGGGGACUUUUGCGAUUUUCUACCCCUUUACCCCAAUGCCCCCAGCACCCCCGUCCCUUGGGGUUUUUCCCCCCCCAACCCCCCCCUUCCCAUUCAAAUCCUUUUUUCCCCCCCCAUUCCCCCCCCUGCCCUCAUUGCUCUGGUGUUGAGAUAUUUUUCCUGACUUUAAACCCGGGUUCCCCUCGGGGCUGAGACCCCCUUUUAACCCCCUGCCAAAGCCUAUUACAGUAAACCGCUUAGGGGGGUCGGGUUGGGCCAACAUAAACCCCCCCAACUGUCCCCUUUUUCUUCAUUUGUCCGGCAAUCCCCAAAAAAAAACCAUCCUUUAAAGUAUUUCCCUCCCCCGGCCCCCCCCCCCUUUCCCCGGUUUUUCCCUUGGCUUAGCCUUAACAAUCCCCUAUUGACUGGCAAACCAAAAGGGAUACAAUUUUGGGGGAACCCCACUCCCCUUUCGCUUGCCUUGGGUCGGAAAUUCCCCCUGGGGUGGGUUUCCCCCCUCUUCCCCUGUAAAAACCCCCCGACCUUUUUCCCAGUCCCUAAAGGAGAAAUUGGCCCUGGCCGAGGAUCAGUAAGCCCAAAGGGCCCAUUUUCACAAACCACCUCAUGGGCCAUACAUUGCGCAAUUGAGUUACUCCCCUGGACCCCUUUUGGGCCGUCCAUGGGUUUUUUCAAUCUGCCCCGCCCUGAGGGGAAAAGUUUGGGAAAACCCUAAUAGGGGACUCCCUAGCCUCUGGCAUAUUGGCCCCUUCACCCUUCCGCUGUUGGUGCGGGUUUUUUUUUUUGAGAAGAAGGAAAAACAUUACGCCCCUGCAUUGACUACAAGGACUAAAAAACAUCACAGUAAAGAAAACUUUACCCCUCCCUUUCCUUCAUACUCAGCAUUUAACCCCCUUUAAAUGGUGCCCCCGGUUUUUCCCAAAACCCUCGAAGUUAACCUUUAAUUCGGGGGGAAAAUAAAAAAGGGAAAACCCGGAAUUUUAAAACCCUGGUUAAUUUCCCCUCUCCACUUAAAACCAGCAGGGUUUCGGCCAUUUAACGAGGGGGGGGUUUUCACCUUUUGGGUUUCUUUUUGGUGUUUAAAUUUAUUUCAAACAAAAAACCCCCGUUUUGGUUUGUCUAAAUUUUGGGGGUAAACAGAAAAAGGGGUUUCCCAAACCGGAGCCUCCCCGGGGGGGGGGGGGCCGGGGGGGGGGGGGGGGGGGCCCGGGGGGAGGGGGGCCCCCGGGCCGGGUUCUCCAACCCCCUUAAUGGAAAAAAACCCUGUUUGGGAAAAAUCCCCCCCCCUUUCCUCCCCUUUUUCUUUUUGGGCCCCCAAUUUCCCCCCAAAACCAACAAGCUUUUCCCCCCCCACCCGAACACCCCCUUUGGGGGUUUCGCCCCUCCCCCCUUUUCCCCUUUCCCCCCCAAAUUUGGUUUGCCCCCCUUUGCCCCAAGCUCACCCCCCCAAAGGGGGCCUUCCUGGGGACCCCGGGGCCCCGAGUCAGCCGUAGAAACUUGAAGGAACUGUUCACCCCUCCCCUGUUUUAUUCAUCCAACCAGUUUCCCAGUUUUUUGUGGAAGUGGAGGGCCUCUGAUUCGGGUGGGGGGGGGUUUCCUGUCCAAACGUUCCCCCAAGGGGACCAGAAACUCCAUCCGUGGCCUUUUCCGGGAGAUUGCCCCUGUUUGAGAAGAAUACGAGGGGGGUUAAACCGGGGGGUUGCUCCCUGUCAAUUUGGCGUUGGAGGAGUGGGGGCCCCGGGCUGAAGGGCAGAGAAAACCCCUUCAAUUUUGGACGGGACCACAAAAAAAACCUUUGGUUUCCCAACCAGUCCUCCAAGAGGCUACAAACCCCCCGGGUCAGGCCAGGGGCUCUGUUUUUUCAGCGGUUCAAGUUUUUUUAAAAAAACAACCCGUCCGGGGCCCCAGUAAGGUCAACCCUGAUGCUCUCUCUCCCCAUUUUACAGAAAUAAAACCCCAAACCCAACCCUUUAAACCUUUCUGCCCCUUCCUUUUUGGGUGGGGCUUUUUUCCUGGGAAAUGGCCCCUGGCCGAUGGGAAAAAGUGGGGAAACCGGGAAACCGGCCGGGGCCCCCCCCCACCUUCUCUUUUUUUUCCCCGCACCCGUGGGGGCCCCAAGGGGCCCCAACGGAUCCACCCCCCUCGCCCCCUUUUUUCCGGGCCAACCCUGGUUUAAAACCGAAACACUGCGCUACUGAAGGGGCAUUUUUGGGGUGGCCACCCGUCGAGAUUUAAACCCCCGGGAGAAAGUGGGGGCCCCUUUCCAUCUUUUCCCCCAAAAUAAGACUUCCCCCCGGGCCCCUUUCCGGGCCCCUGCGGCCUCCCCCCAGCCCCGGGUUCGCCCCUUGGGUCUCAUGGCUUUGGACUUGUCAGGGAACUUCCUUGUCGGGAGGGAAAUUACACCAAAACUCACCCGGGGGACAGUUUCCCUUCAAAUUUUUCCCCAUUUUUUUGGCAUUCCCAAAAAUUCCCAUCGCCAGUGAGACCCCGACCUUUUUUGCCCCUCCAUUUUUUCCCCCCCAGGGAAAUUUUACCUGUGGCUUUAGUGUCCGUUUAGGGGUUUCCCACAUUUUUUCCGGGUAGGGGAAGGGAAAUUUUUGUUUUUGCUCGGGGUGCCUCUGUCAGUUUUUCUUUUCGGGGUUUCCACCCCCAGCCAAUGGCCAGACGGGAGAGGCCCAAAAUCAGGCCCCUGGGGCUCCCUCUACGCGUGUGCCCCCCAAAAAACCCGUCCCCUGGGCCAAACCCCCCCCGUGGGUCGAAUUCCCCCAAAAUUCCCUCCCUCUCUCCCCCGGCCCUUUACCCUUUUUGAGGCGGUUUUGGGGGGGUACCAACCCCUUGGGUUCCCCGUCUCGGGAAAAAGGGAUUUAAAAACCGUCCCGUCAGUUCGGGAAAACCUUCGUCGCUGCCGUAAGGUGUGGGUGGCCCCCCGUAAAGGGCCCUUCUACGGACCCAGAGCGUAAAAAGGGGGGGCGGACAGGCCCGGGUGGGCGCCCCCCAUUUCCACCGGGUUUCAGCGAGCCCUGGCUUCCCCCCACCCAACAUCCCCCUCCGCACUGACCCCCGGUAAGCUGUGGGCCCCGGUAUUUGGGUCCUUUGAGAUCAAACCCAUCAUCAACCCUUGGGGCUGUUCGGUUGAACCCCCCCGGGCCAUGAGAAGCCCCUCCUACAUUUCAGGCCCCAGGAAGCUGGUCCCUCCACCCCUUUUUGUGUCCCCCUGUGGAUCCCCCUCCGCCACCCCCCUUUUUUUGGCGACCAUUUUUUUUUAUUUUUAAUUUUUUUCAUUUGCAGACGCUCUUAUCCAGAGGCGACUUUCAGACAAUUUUGGUUGUGGCCCUUUCUCAAAAAACACCCCCCCACAAAUUUUUACCCAGUCGGUCGGGAUUUAAACCCCGCGACCCUUUUUGGGUUUCUGGCCCCAACGCUCUUUCCCCCCAAAAACUAAACCCGCCCCCCUAACCGUCGGGAGGGGCUGCUGGACGUCCGGGGCGUUUGGGGAGGGCUUCAGUACCUGGUGGGCGGGGGGGAUAAAGGUCCCGAGGAAAAGGGGCCCCGGUUCCCCCCAGAUUUUUACUGGAUCCACGUAAUGGCUGAUUCCAUAGGGGCCCCCCCUGAAAAAGGGCCGGGGGGGGCGCCCGGGGGGCCCCCCGUUUAAAGGGGGGGGGGCCGGUUUUCGGUCCGGGCAAAUGUUGGUCCCGUUUCCCCCUUGUUUUUUCCCUUUUUUCCUUUUUUUUCCCCGUGUGUGUGUUUGCCCGUUUUUCCUGUCCCCCCCUGCUGUGCAGCCCAGGUUUAGAGGUCUGGUCAAAGGGGGCCCUGGCCAUUUUCUAUCAUGCCCGUUACCCCUUUCCCGCGGGGUAAAUUUUAAACAAAACAAACGCAGGUUUUUACCCGGGCGGACACCUCCCAGCGCCAGUUUUUUCCACCCACCCGGGGUAACUUGGGCCCGUACAGCAAAUUUUUAUUUGGGGUUUUAAUCUCUCAGUCAUUGUUUUUCCGCCCGUUUGGGGAACCUGUCCCCUCCUUGCCAAAACCCGGGCUGUUCCCCGCUUCCUGCCCCGCCUGCCAUUCCACGCCCCAACCUCUCCCUGUUGUCUGAAAUUUUCGUCCUCCAGCUCUCAGGACUUUCGGCUUUUCCCCCCCCCUCAGCUUCCACCCUCCGCCUGAAGCUACUCCCCCUUUAAAAAUGCUUCCUCGCCAAAAACCCCUGGGAAAAAAAUAAUUCCAAUUCACCCUUUUUUUUUUUUUCCCCUUUUGUCCGUUCUCCCCCGAGUCCCCCCCCAAACCAACCCAAAAAACCCACGGCCAAAACACAAACACAAACCCACACAAAAAGACACACAAACCAACCCCCCCCCAUAACCGCCCCACACACACACCGCAAGCCAAAAACAUACCAAAGCAGCGUUUUAGCAUUAGCUCCCACCAAGGGACCACAACACGGGACUAGCGUUAGCUCCCACCCGAGGCCCCCCACAAACACGUAGUAGGGUUUGUUCCAACCCAGAGGGCACCCCAACACGUAGCUAGCGUUGUACACCCGAGGGCCCCCACAAAAAAUUUCUAGGGGUUUUAGCUCUGUCCAGAGGGGACCCCCAACACGUUUGCUUGGGUUUUGCUCCCCACCAGGCCCCCCAAAAAAACAUAGCUAGCGGUUUUUCUCGACCAGGGCACCACCAAAACAUAGCUAGGGUUUUGCUCCCACCAGAGGGCCCCCACAACAUGCAAACGUUUUUCCCCCAACCAGAGGGCCCACAAAAACAUAAAAGGGGUUGCUCCGGGCCGGGCCCCCAAAAACACCCUACUCGUUCUCCCGACCCGGGGGGCCCCCCACAACCGUAGGGUUUGCCCUUAGCUUUUCCCACCCGAGGGCAUCACAAAAAACGUGCAGCGUUUGGGUCCGACCAGAGGGCCCCUCAAACCGUAGCUAGUGUUAGCUCCGGGGCCAAGGGCACCACAAAAUGUAUUUUUCAUUACUCUUCCAGAGGGGGACCACAAAAACGUACACGUUAGGGUCCGACUAGAGGGCCCCCAAACACGUAGCCCAGCUUAGCUCCGACCAGCGGCCCCCAAAAACGUAGCUAACGUUUAACCCCCGACCAGGGGGAUCACAACCCCGUAACUAAACGGUUUGCUUUCCCUCCAGGGCCCACAAAAUGUAAAAUAGCAUCAGCUUUUCCCACCAGGGCACCAACCCCACAUUCCUGAAAUAAAAAAGUUGGGUCCGCCGAAGGGGAAACCCCAACACCUAGUAGCGUUGCUCCGAAAGAGGGGGCCCCCCACACGUGCUACGUUGCUCCCCAAAAGGGGCCCCCAAAAACCGUGCUAGCGUUAGUCCGUCCCGGGCAACCCCCAACAAAGUAGCCAGCUCAGCUCCGACCAAAGGGGACCACCCCAAAACCCCCCUUUAGGAAACAAACUCCGAAAAGUGCAAACCCCAAAAGUGCUAAACUCAGCUCCGACCAGGGCCACCACAACACGUAGCUAGCGUUAGCGCCGACCAGGGCACCACAACAUGUCUCCUGAAAUAAAACUCAGUUAGCUCCAACCAGGGCACCACAACACGUCUCCUGAAAUAAAACUCAACCAGGACCACUGACAGAGACAAGACUGCCCUGUUAUAUAAGUGUGUGUGUGCAUGUAUCUGUGUGUGUGUGUGUGUGUGUGUGUGUGUGUGUGUGUGUGUGUGAGAGAAUGUUAUUCAGUUCCACAGGGUGCACACAGCACACAUCUGUGUGGAGUAUAGCCGAGUUGUCAUGGAGACCAGCUAUAAUCAGUGGAAUUCCUGAAGCUUCUCCCUGGUCUCCAGUGGCUUCCAGCUGGCAUCAUUCUCAAUUAGCUAUAUUAGCCUGUGCGUGUGCGUGUGCGUGUGCGUGCGUGCGUGAAAUAUGAAUAGCUGAAGCUUCUCUAUGGUCUACGGUGACUCGUCACUCUCAAUUAGUUCUAUUCGCCAGCAAACACACACACAAACACACACAAACGCACAUGGCUAAAGUAAUUCAACUCUUGUCCAUACCCUGUGUCCAUGAAACACAUGAGCUGUCGAAGAAGAGGAAGAAGAAGAAGCUUAUUGUCCAUUUUAAAGGUUCAAGACCUUUAUUUACCUUCUACUGAUUCAGUCAGGCGCCAACAUAGACAAUGAGUGACACACAGGCUUUCUUCUAAUCACUAUAUAAUCAACUACAUAACCAAUGACAUCAGCACUAUGAGGUCAUAACCAGGAAGUACAGCCGCUCGUCUUUCGCCUCCAUUCAUUUCACUCAUUGUUCAAUACUGUGACUAAUCCACAGUGGGGAGAACAAGUAUUUGAUACACUGCCGAUUUUGCAGGUUUUCCUACUUACAAAGCAUGUAGAGGUAUGUCAUUUUUAUCAUAGGUACACUUCAACUGUGAGAGACGGAAUCUAAAACAAAAAUCCAGAAAAUCACAUUGUAUGAUUUUAAAGUAAUUAAUUUGCAUUUUAUUGCAUGACAUAAGUAUUUGAUCACCAACCAACCAGUAAGAAUUCCGGCUCUCACAGACCUGUUCGUUUUUCUUUAAGAAGCCCUCACUGUUCUCCACUCAUUACCUGUAUUAACUGCACCUGUUUGAACUCGUUACCUGUAUAAAAGACACCUGUCCACACACUCAAUCAAACAGACUCCAACCUCUGAUAAAAAUUACAGACCUCUACAUGCUUUGUAAGUAGGAAAACCUGCAAAAUCGGCAGUGUAUCAAAUACUUGUUCUCCCCACUGUAUCUUAUUCAGCUAUCCUCCAGUACCACCUUGCAUUUAAUCCACAAGACAAUACAAUACAACCACUUCCUCCAUGUAUCACAAUGGGAUUAUUAUUUUCUCAUUAUCUGUACCCCAAAUGGCACCCUAUUUGCUAUGUAGUGCACUACUUUUAACCAGUUUGACCAGGGGCUGGGCCCAUAGGGCUCUGGUCAAAAGUAGUUCACUAUAUAGGGAAUAGGAUGCCAUUUGUGACGAAGCCAUUACGUACCCUGACCGUUCCCAUUAGAUGCAUUGUAGAGACUCCAUAGAAGUUGUGCAACAAUUAGUGUGUAUUAUGUAAGGGUCUGUCAGACUGCAAUCUGAAACCAUUCACAGCAGCUGCUGCACCUCAUCUCCAUUCACAGAUGCAAUCUGCUACAAACACACACCACACCAGAGGCACAGACACACGCAUGCAGGCUGAAUAGAAUAGAUACAGGUGUUCUGUUCAGGAGGAAAUAGAAUAGAUACAGGUGUUCUGUUCAGGAGGAAAGCCUGGAAGGUUCCACUUCUGAACACCCAACUAUCUAGUAGACCUAUAUCUAGCCUUAUACUGUAUGAGUAAUGAUGGCGUUGUGUAUGUUUUGUAUUUCUACUUCCUGUAUUGACUUACCAGUGUUCUUUUAUGUUUGUAUAACAAAAAGUCCCUUCAAGGGCAGUACCAUUUAUUUUGUCCCCCACGGGUUGGACCAAUUGGGGGCCCUUAAAGACAAAAAGGAGAGGAGGGGGGAGGGGGGGGGGGGGGGGGGGGGGGGGGGGGGGGGCUUUCUCUCUCCGGCCUGGGCCCUUGGUCUCUCCCCGUCUCGGGGCUCUAUCUCUUUCUUUUCUUUUCUUUUCCUCUCUCUCCUCCUCUCGCUUUUCUCUCUCGCCCCCUUUUUCUCUCCCCCUUUUCUCUCUCUCUCCCCUUUUCUCUCUUCCCCUCUCCCCUUACCUUCCCUUUUUUCUCCCCCCCCGGGCCUUUCCCCCUUUGCUCCCCGCCCCCCCUCCCCCCCCCGGGGUUUUUUCCCCCCAUUUUUCCGGGUUUUCCCCCCCCCCCCCCUCCCCCCCCUCUCUUUGGGGAAGGGGGGUUCCCUUUUUUAAUCCCCUUGGGAACCCAGGAAAAAUAAAUCCCCCCAAAUUUUUAUUUUUUAAUAAAAAAAAAAAAUUUAAAAAUCGGCCCAAGACCACACCCCCCACCGCAGCCAUUUUAAGGAAAAAAGCCCCGCUACUUCGUUUUUUAAUGAACCCCCGGGGGCUUUCCCUUUUAAAUUUCCGAAUUUUUUCAUUUUAAAAAAUUAAUUAGGCCCUUUGUUAAAAAACCCCGUUUGAAGUUCCCGGGGCAGGAAAAAGGAUAUGGGGGGUCCUCUCUCUACAUGAAAAAGGGUGGUCCUCUUUUUAAAACCCCGGUUUUGGUGGUCCCCCUCUCUACAGGGGAUAUGGGGUCCUUCUCUUACAUUUAUAAGGUGGCCCCUCUCUCUAAAAAUUGGAAAAUUUGUCCCCCCCUCCUUUUACAUUCCCAUUUUUUUUUCCCUCUCUACAGUGAAAACCGGUGGCCCUUUUCCUCUCAGUAAAAUGGUGGUCCCUCUUACAGUGAUGGGUGGCCCUUUCCCCUCAAAGUGAUACGGUGGUCCUCUCUCUCCGUGAAAAAUGGCCCUCCCCCUCAUUGUUUUGGGGGUUUUUCCUCUCUCUCCCGUGAUGGGGGUCCCCCUCUCUACGUGAUCCGGGGGUCUUCUCUUUUUGCAGUGAAAACAUUUGGUUUUCUCACUCUGCAGCAUACAGCAUCUUGUCUCCCUCCCCGCGAAAACCGCAGCUUGUCUCCCUACCGAUACAGAUUUUGUCUCCCUACAGCGUUUACAGCAUCUUGUCCCCCCCUCCCAAAGGGCGAUCAGAAAGGCCCCUUGUCCUCUCCAAAAAAGCGAACCAGUUUGCCCCUCUCUAAAAACCACACACCAAAACACACACAGUACACACCCCCACGAUUGGCCAAAUUAGCCUUUUUUUAUCAUUAAAAAGGCCCGAAAAAUAAAAAAAGAAAACCUUCAAAUUCCCUUGGGCACUUCCGACCAUUUUUCCCCCCGUUUUUUUUUCCCCCGCACGUAAAAUUUUUAAAAAAAUUUCCCAGCCCCUUUCCCCUCCUCUCCUCCCCACCCCCCCCCCCACCAUCCGGGAAAAGGGCACCCACUUUUUUUUGGCAUAAUAUCCCUGGGGCUUUUCCCAAAUGGCACCCUUUCCUAUAUAGUCAUUAUUUUUUAAAACCCACACCCUGGGGGCCCUUUUUCCCUAUAUACAGUUGAAUUUGGGAAUUUAACAUCCAUUUUGGUUGGAGUCUUUUAAAAACUCUUUUUCCCCCCCCAUUUUCCCAAAACAUUUUUUGGGUUAAAAAACUAUUUUUUUGGCAAUUCUUUUGGGGACAUCUCCCUGUGCAUGACACAAGUAUUUUUUCCAAAAAUUUUUUUCAACGGAUUAUUUCAUUUAAUAAUUCACUGUACAAAAUUUUCCAGGGGGGUCAAAAUUUUUACAUACACAAGUUGACGGGUCCCUUUUUAAACACCCUUUGGAAAAUUCCAGAAAUGUUUUCCCGGGGUUUUAGAAGCUUCCCCAAAAAGGCAAUUUGACAAAAUUGGGGCCCAAUUGGAUUUUAAACCUGGGGGAAUGUUUUCCCAAGGCCAAACCUUCAGACCGGGGGCCUUUUUUGUUUGACAGGGGGAAAAAUCAAAACAAACCCAGCCAAGCCCCUCAGAAAAAAAAUUUGGGAAGACCCCACAAGUCUGGUUCAUCCCUUGGGAGAAAUUUUCCCCAAAUCCCUAAAGGGUAUCCCACGUUCAUGAAACAAACAAUUACCAAGUAAAAAAAAAACCUGGGACCACGCAGCCCGUCAAAAAAACCGCUCAGGAAGGAACCCCGUUCUGCCCUUCCCUAGAAAAUGAACGAUUUUGGGGUGCGAAAAGGCAAAUAAAACCCAAAAAACACAAAGGCCCCUUGGGUGAAGUGCUGGGGGAAAACCCGUACAAAUUUCUUUUUCCACUAAAACAAGUCCUAUUUUCGCCAAAACCAAAAGGCCGCUAAGAAAAGGGAAGAACCCAAACUGCCCCAAAAAAACCGCCAUAAAAAAGCAAGAUUUAAGGUUUGAAAACCGGGGCCCUUUGGGGGACAAAGUUUUUAUUUUUUUGGAAAAAUUUCCUCUGGUCUUAAAACAAAAAUAGAACUUUUUUGGCCAUAAUACCAUCUUUAUGUUUGGGAAAAAAGGGGGAUUUUUUGCGCCAAACCCCAAACCCCAACCGUAAGCCGGGGUUUGGCAGUCAUGCUGUAGGGGUGUUUUGCUGAGGAGGGACUGGUAAAAACUUCACAAAAUAAAAUGGCACAUGGGGAAAGGGGAAAAUUUAAAUGUGGUAUUUUGGGAACAACACUCAAGACUUUCAGUCAGGAAGUUAAACCUUGGUGGGAAAAAAAUGGGUCCCCAAAAUGGACAAUAAACCCAACAUAUUUCCCAAAUUUUGGGAAAAGGGUUUAAAGACGAAAAAAGUAAAGUAUUGGAGGGGCCCAUCACAAGCCUCCCUAACCCUAUAGAAAAUAUGGGGGGCGGAAUUUAAAAAAAGCAGGGCGAGCAAGGGGGCCCCACAAACCUGCUCAGUUAAACCCCCGCUCUGUCAGGAGGAAAAAGGCCCAAAAAAUUAAACCCAACUUUUGUGGGAAGCUUUUUUGGAAGGCUACCCAAAACAUUUGCCCCAAAUUUAAAAAACCAUUUAAAGCAAGCAAAACCAAAUCAAAUUUUAGUGAUGAAAACUUCUAAACCCACGGGGAAAUGGGAGGGUGGUCCCUGUACCCUCAGCGGGUAAGCAGGGGCCUUGAAACCGCCAAGGUAUGGGUUCGUCCCCCGGGACCACCCAUACAAAAAAAUGUAUGCACCCUGACUGAAAGUCUUUUUUGGGAAAAAAGCGUCUGCUAAUGGCAUUUUUAAAAAGAAAUAAAGCUUAAAAAAUAAAAAUUCUCUCUACUAUUAUUUCCUGACAUUUAAACAUUUUUAAAAAAAAUAAAGUGGGGGAACCUAAUGACCUAAGACGGGAAUUUCCCUUGGAUUUAAAUGUCAAAAUUUUGUAAAAAACUGAUUUUAAAAUGUUUUUGGCUGAGGUGUAUGAAACUUUCCGCUUCAACGGUUUUUCCCGGGUGCACUUACAGCAAAAAGUCCCGCAUUUCCCCUCUCUCCUUUACAAUGCAUCUGCUACAACCACACACACGAGGCACGCACGAGGCAGAGGCUGAAUUAAUAGAUACAGUGUUCUGUUCAGAGGAAAGCCUGGAAGGUUCCACUUCUGAACACCAACAGAUCUAGUAGACCUAUAUCUAGCCUUAUACUGUAUGAGUAAUGAUGGCGUUGUGUAUGUUUUGUAUUUCUACUUCCUGUAUUGACUUACCAGUGUUCUUUUAUGUUUGUAUAACAAAAAGUCCCUUCAAGGGCAGUACCAUUUAUUUUGUAGCCCACGGAUUGGACACAAAUUGUGGCUUGAGACAGAAAGCAAGAGAGAGAGUGGGAGGGAGUGAGGGGGUGGGGGUGGGAGAGAGAUGAGACGAGAGAAUGAUAGAGAGGAUUAGAUCGAUAUACUCAGAGAUAGACGCACUAUAAGAUCAGAUCUAGAGACUUAGCUGAAGUAGAGGCAUGAACAAGUGUUUGUGGUCCUCUCUCUACAUGUGAUAUGGUGGUCCUCUCUCUCAGUGAUAUGGUGUCCUCUCUCUACGUGAUAUGGUGGUCCUCUCUCUACAGUGAUAUGGUGGUCCUCUCUCUACAGUGAUAUGGUGUCCUCUCUCUACAGUGAUAAGGUGGUCCCUCUCUACAGUGAAAUGGUGGUCCUCUCUCUACAGUGAUAAGGUAGUCCUCUCUCUACAGUGAUACGGUGGUCUUCUCUCUACAGUGAAAUGGUGGUCCUCUCUCUACAGUGAUAUGGUGGUCCUCUCUCUACAGUGAUAAGGUGGUCCUCUCUCUACAGUGAUAUGGUGGUCCUCUCUCUACAGUGAAUGUGGUCCUCUCUCUACAGUGAUAAGGUGGUCCUCUCUCUACAGUGAUAAGGUGGUCCUCUCUCUACAGUGAUAUGGUGGUCCUCUCUCUACAGUGAUAAGGUGGUCCUCUCUCUACAGUGAUAAGGUGGUCCUCUCUCUACAGUGAUAAGGUGGUCCUCUCUCUACAGUGAUAAGGUGGUCCUCUCUCUACAGUGAUAAGGUGGUCCUCUCUCUACAGUGAUAAGGUGGUCCUCUCUCUACAGUGAUAAGGUGGUCCUCUCUCUACAGUGAUAAGGUGGUCCUCUCUCUACAGUGAUACAGUGGUCUUCUCUCUUUGCAGUGAUACAGUAGUCUUGUCUCCCUACAGCGAUACAGCAGUCUUGUCUCUCUACAGCGAUACAGUAGUCUUGUCUCUCUGCAGUGAUACAGCAGUCUUGUCUCCCUACAGCGAUACAGUAGUCUUGUCUCUCUACAGCGAUACAGCAGUCUUGUCUCUCUACACACACACACACACACACAGUACACUAUCCCACGAGGUUGGCCUAAUUAUGCCAUUACUCAUUCAAAUGAGACAGCAAAAUAAAAAAAGUAAAGCCUUAAAUUCCCUUCGCACUUCCGACCAUUAUUUACCGUUUUAUUUUCCCAGCACUGUAAAAUCUUGAAAUGAUAAUUGCAGCCCUCCUUCCCCUCCUCUCCUCCCCACGCCCCCACACCAUCCGUGGCAAAGCACCUCACUUCUGGCAUAAUAUGCUAGGCUGUGUCCCAAAUGGCACCCUAUUCCAUAUAUAGUCAUUAUAUUGUGAUAACUACACCCUAUGGGCCCUGUUCCCUAUAUACAGUUGAAGUCGGAAGUUUACAUACACUUAGGUUGGAGUCGUUAAAACUCGUUUUCCAACCACUCCACACAUUUCUUGUUAACAAACUAUAGUUUUGGCAAGUCGGUUAGGACAUCUACUCUGUGCAUGACACAAGUACUUUUUCCAACAAUUGUUUACAGACGGAUUAUUUCACUUAUAAUUCACUGUAUCACAAUUCCAGUGGGGUCAGAAGUUUACUGUGCCUUUAAACAGCUUGGAAAAUUCCAGAAAAUGAUGUCAUGGCUUUAGAAGCUUCUCAUAGGCUAAUUGACAUAAUUUGAGUCAAUUGGAGGUGUACCUGUGGAUGUAUUUCAAGGCCUACCUUCAGACUCGGUGCCUCUUUGCUUGACAUCAUGGGAAAAUCAAAACAAAUCAGCCAAGACCUCAGAAAAAUAAUUGUAGACCUCCACAAGUCUGGUUCAUCCUUGGGAGCAAUUUCCAAAUGCCUGAAGGUACCACGUUCAUGUAUACAAACAAUAGUACGCAAGUAUAAACACCAUGGGACCACGCAGCCGUCAUACCGCUCAGGAAGGAGACGCGUUCUGUCUUCUAGAGAUGAACGUACUUUGGUGCGAAAAGUGCAAAUCAAACCCAGAACAACAGCAAAGGACCUUGUGAAGAUGCUGGAGGAAACAGGUACAAAAGUAUCUAUAUCCACAGUAAAACAAGUCCUAUAUCGACAUAACCUGAAAGGCCGCUAAGCAAGGAAGAAGCCACUGCUCCAAAACCGCCAUAAAAAAGCAAGACUACGGUUUGCAACCGCACAUUGGGACAAAGAUUGUACUUUUUGGAGAAAUGUCCUCUGGUCUGAUGAAACAAAAAUAGAACUGUUUGGCCAUAAUGACCAUCGUUAUGUUUGGAGGAAAAAAGGGGGUGCUUGCAAGCCGAAGAACACCAUCCCAACCGUGAAGCACGGGGGUGGCAGCAUCAUGCUGUAGGGGUGCUUUGCUGCAGGAGGGACUGGUACACUUCACAAAAUAGAUGGCAUCAUGAGGAAGGAAAAUUAUGUGGAUAUAUUGAAGCAACAUCUCAAGACAUCAGUCAGGAAGUUAAAGCUUGGUCGCAAAUGGGUCUUCCAAAUGGACAAUGAUCCCAAGCAUACUUCCAAAGUUGUGGAAAAAUGGCUUAAGGACGACAAAGUCAAGGUAUUGGAGUGGCCAUCACAAAGCCUGACCUCAAUCCUAUAGAAAAUAUGUGGGCUGAACUGAAAAAGCAUGUGCGAGCAAGGAGGCCUACAAACCUGACUCAGUUACACCAGCUCUGUCAGGAGGAAUAGGCCAAAAUUCACCCAACUUAUUGUGGGAAGCUUGUGGAAGGCUACCCGUAACAUUUGACCCAAGUUAAACAAUUUAAAGACAAUGCUACCAAAUACUAAUUGAGUGUAUGUAAACUUCUGACCCACUGGGAAUGUGAUGUGGUCCUCUGUAGCUCAGCUGGUAGAGCACGGCGCUUGUAACGCCAAGGUAGUGGGUUCGAUCCCCGGGACCACCCAUACACAAAAAUGUAUGCACGCAUGACUGUAAGUCGCUUUGGAUAAAAGCGUCUGCUAAAUGGCAUAUUAUGAAAGAAAUAAAAGCUUAAAUAAAUCAUUCUCUACUAUUACUCUGACAUUUCACAUUCUUAAAAUAAAGUGGUGAUCCUAACUGACCUAAGACAGGGAAUUUUCACUAGGAUUAAAUGUCAGGAAUUGUGAAAAACUGAGUUUAAAUGUAUUUGGCUAAGGUGUAUGUAAACUUCCGACUUCAACUGUAUUCUGUGCACUUACAGCAGAGUACAGCUUGGCUUGGCUGUGUCCCAAAUGGCACUCUGUUCCCUAUAUAGAGCACUACUUUUGACCAGAGCCCAUAAUAGGAAAUAGGGUGGCAUUUUAGUCGGAGACCCAGUGAUUCAGGAGGAGGAUGGUAAUUUUCCCAUCGAUCCGUUGGUCCGUGGGGCUUGGAGUUAGGAGUUAGGACACCCCGCCUGCGUUGGCUGACCCUCCAAACGGCCCACAGCUUUUUGAACUAAAUGGAAAUGUGAACAACUGGCUCCUUCUUUACCAUACACUCUCUGUCUCUAGCUACAUAAUGCAAAACUUAUACAUAACAGAGUGCAACUUUUCGAAAGAAGUUUCGGAAAAUAUAGGGUCGUAACAUAAUGUAGGAUGUAACGUGGGACUGUAGCAUGCAUAACAUGUGAAAAAGGAGGCAAACUUAUACAUAACCCAAAUGUAUAAAUAACCCAAGUAGAAUUUUCAGAUAAGUAGUGGGAGCACUUGAAGGGAGACAUGUAUUCUAAGGUAAGACAUGUAUUCUAAGUUCUUUUGACACGUAAGGAACAUGGCUGUGUUUGACCAGCUGUGUCCCAAAUGGCACCAUAUCCCUAUGGGCAUACGGUUCCAUUUGGCCAGCUCCUACACAGACGGAGCUGUGAUUCACAUGCCGCUGUGUGUAACAGAUCAUCUUUAAAAGCGGUGUCAGACAAAUUAAUAGUAUUUAUCACAUUAACUAGGUACAAAGGAUGUCCUCGCUCCUCACUAGCUCCCGCUGCCAUGACAGCAUCAUCUGUACUGAAUCAUCUCUAUCUUUAAAGGGGCAAUCUGCGUUUCAAACAAUAACAAAGCGUCACCCCGCCACUGUUUCGGUAAACAGCUGAGGGAUGGGGCUGGAGAAAUGUAACCACUCUCAAAUUCAUAGCGCUAUGGAUGCAAGGACUGACCAUCCAUGCUAUCAAAAUUAGGCUUGGGCGGUAUACCAUAUACAGUGGGGGAAAAAAGUAUUUAGUCAGCCACCAAUUGUGCAAGUUCUCCCACUUAAAAAGAUGAGAGAGGCCUGUAAUUUUCAUCAUAGGUACACGUCAACUAUGACAGACAAAAUGAGGGAAAAAAAUCCAGAAAAUCACAUUGUAGGAUUUUUUAUGUAUUUAUUUGCAAAUUAUGGUGGAAAAUAAGUAUUUGGUCACCUACAAACAAGCAAGAUUUCUGGCUCUCACAGAUCUGUAACUUCUUCUUUAAGAGGCUCCUCUGUCCUCCACUCGUUUCCUGUAUUAAUGGCACCUGUUUGAACUUGUUAUCAGUAUAAAAGACACCUAUCCACAACCUCAAACAGUCACACUCCAAACUCCACUAUGGCCAAGACCAAAGAGCUGUCAAAGGACACCAGAAACAAAAUUGUAGACCUGCACCAGGCUGGGAAGACUGAAUCUGCAAUAGGUAAGCAGCUUGGUUUGAAGAAAUCAACUGUGGGAGCAAUUAUUAGGAAAUGGAAGACAUACAAGACCACUGAUAAUCUCCCUCGAUCUGGGGCUCCACGCAAGAUCUCACCCCGUGGGGUCAAAAUGAUCACAAGAACGGUGAGCAAAAAUCCCAGAACCACACGGGGGGACAUAGUGAAUGACCUGCAGAGAGCUGGGACCAAAGUAACAAAGCCUACCAUCAGUAACACACUACGCCGCCAGGGACUCAAAUCCUGCAGUGCAAGACGUGUCCCCCUGCUUAAGCCAGUACAUGUCCAGGCCCGUCUGAAGUUUGCUAGAGUGCAUUUGGAUGAUCCAGAAGAGGAUUGGGAGAAUCUCAUAUGGUCAGAUGAAACCAAAAUAUAACUUUUUGGUAAAAACUCAACUCGUCGUGUUUGGAGGACAAAGAAUGCUGAGUUGCAUCCAAAGAACACCAUACCUACUGUGAAGCAUGGGGGUGGAAACAUCAUGCUUUGGGGCUGUUUUUCUGCAAAGGGACCAGGACGACUGAUCCGUGUAAAGGAAAGAAUGAAUGGGGCCAUGUAUCGUGAGAUUUUGAGUGAAAACCUCCUUCCAUCAGCAAGGGCAUUGAAGAUGAAACGUGGCUGGGUCUUUCAGCAUGACAAUGAUCCCAAACACACCGCCCGGGCAAUGAAGGAGUGGCUUCGUAAGAAGCAUUUCAAGGUCCUGGAGUGGCCUAGCCAGUCUCCAGAUCUCAACCCCAUAGAAAAUCUUUGGAGGGAGUUGAAAGUCCGUGUUGCCCAGCGACAGCCCCAAAACAUCACUGCUCUAGAGGAGAUCUGCAUGGAGGAAUGGGCCAAAAUACCAGCAACAGUGUGUGGAAACCUUGUGAAGACUUACAGAAAACGUUUGACCUGUGUCAUUGCCAACAAAGGAUAUAUAACAAAGUAUUGAGAAACUUUUGUUAUUGACCAAAUACUUAUUUUCCACCAUAAUUUGCAAAUAAAUUCAUUAAAAAUCCUACAAUGUGAUUUUCUGGAUUUUUUUUUCUCAUUUUGUCCGUCAUAGUUGACGUGUACCUAUGAUGAAAAUUACAGGCCUCUCUCAUCUUUUUAAGUGGGAGAACUUGCACAAUUGGUGGCUGACUAAAUACUUUUUUUCCCCACUGUAUACCUUAUACUGGGGUAUUUGGAAAUAGCCACGGGAUGGUUUUUCAAUACCGUUUAAACUAUUUAUUUGAUGUGUAUCUUUUUUUUUUUUGUGCUGCUUUUUAAGUAAAUACCUGCAGUAAAAUACGUUAGGAGAUAAAGCGGAUCACAUUCUGUUGUCCAGCACACGCCAGGUGAUCUAGUUACAGUAGGGAAUUCACAACUAAUUGUUUGCCAGCUAGAUAUCUUAUAACUAUUAAGUUAACUGUCUAAAAUGUGCUAAAUGCUCUGCAGUUGUGCAUUUGGUUUGCUAACUUAGUAGUUAGCUAUCUAGCUGGUUAGCUUCUUGCAAAAUCAAGCGCUUGGUAACAGAGAAUCACCUCCUGGAUCAAGAGCCUUGCUGUCUAAUAUUUGUUUUGUGCGUGCAGCAAACUGUGAGUAGCAUUUUUGAAUUACUUGUAUAACUUUAUGAGCUGGGAUGUCUGUCCUGCAAAUAGUUUAUGUCAAAGAGUGUAUAAAUGUCCGUAAUGCGCUCGUUAGUAUUUAGCUAGCAUUCUCUAUGGGAUUUUACAUAUACUUGUUAGCAUUGCUAACCUUUGGAUUACAGAGACUCAGCGGGGUUUGAAAAUACAUCUCCUUGUGUUACAUGCCGGUACUACCGAAUAUCCCAGGAUGGCACAAGGUCAGUAUGCAGGCAUGACAAUCUGAAUACCGCCCAUGCCUAAUCAAAAUUAUAGUUGUAACCAUGUGUUACAAUUACAUUGUUUACAAACAUUGGAGUAAAAACAAGCUUACAUUUUGGGUUCUGAUGGGGUACGACAGUUGAACUAAGCUCAUGAGCCAUUUAUAAGUGAUAUUCUUCAAGAAUCAAUGUGUACAUAUCAUUAAUUUAUAAGUCCAAAAAUGGAUGUAGCAACUGCAGAUUGCCCCUUUAAUUACUAUAAUUACAGCCUGACACUGACAGUUCAAUCUCCACACUGCACUGUUCCCUGGUCGUCAUACUCCCCAUAUCUCCAUAUCCUAGACACAUGUAUAUCUAUCUUCCUGCGUCCCAAAUAGCACCCUAUUUCCUACAUAGUGUGUAUGAGCCCUGGUCAACCUCUACGGCUCUGCCCUGACCCAGUUGAGUAGACCAACAACCCCCCAUUGCUGCGGCCCUCAAUGGUUAUCUGAGUGAGAACAGAGGAAGAUAUAACACUGCACUACACACACACACACACACACACACACACACACACACACACACACACAGGGGAAGAGAUACAGCGGCCCCCCUGGUGUGGCGUGAGCAUGCGGUGCUCAAGGUGUGAGUCACCAACUCGCCAGCUCACCAGCACGUAGCCAUCCGGCCGGAAACUACGUAAAACCUUCCCCUUGCAGCUUUCCAGAAAAUACUGACUGCAUUACGGGGCCACACACACACACACACACACACACACACACACACACAUCUGGUCUUUCUUGGAGAAAGUACAUGUUGUGCAGCCAGGGAACCUCUAAAAUUAGUUUCCAUUGACUCCCAGUGUGAUUAUUAACUUUCCAUUGCUGCGCCGGCACAGUCAGCGACACAGUGACGUCAAAUACUGUCCUUCACCUAGACUCACUACAUCAUCAGCAGAGGGGCUCUCAGGGAGGGAGCGUGUGUUUACUUACUGCACAGGCCGAUGAUGUGGCUGCUGUCUUCAUGGACAAACUUCUUAGUCACCGCCUCCUCCAUGAUCUGUUUCACCUGUACAGAGAGACAAGACACAGGAUCAUUGUCGUCAUUAAAAAUGGUCUUCAUUACCAUCAUCACCAUCGAAAAAUCAUCAUCCUCAUCAUUACCAUCGUCCUCAUCAUUACCGUCGUCAUCAUUACCAUUGUCAUGACCAUCAUCAUUACCAUCGUCAUCAUCAUUACCAUCGUCAUCAUUACCAUUGUCAUGACCAUCAUCAUUACCAUUGUCAUGACCAUCAUCAUUACCAUCGUCAUCAUUACCAUUGUCAUGACCAUCAUCAUUACCAUCGUCAUCAUCAUUACCAUCGUCAUCAUUACCAUCAUCAUUACCAUCGUCAUCAUCAUUACCAUUGUCAUGACCAUCAUCAUUACCAUCGUCAUCAUUACAAUUGUCAUGACCAUCAUCAUUACCAUCCUAAUCAUCAUUACCAUCCUCAUCAUCAUCCUCAUCAAAUGAAAUCAAAUUGUAUUUGUCACAUGUGCUGAAUACAACAGGUGUAGACCUUACAGUGAAAUGCUUACUUACAAGCCCUUAACCAACAAUGCAGUUUUAAGAAAAAUAAGUGUUAAGUAAAAAAUAGAAAAGUAAAACAUUUUAAAUUUAAAGAAAUAACAAAUCAUUAAAGAACAGCAGUAAAAUAACAGUAGAGAGGCUAUAUACUGGGGGUACUGGUACAGAGUCAAUGUGCGGGGGCACAGGUUAGUCGAGGUAAUUGAGGUAAUAUGUACAAAGGUAACUGAACUAAAUGACUAUCGCCCCGUAGCACUCACCUCUGUCAUCAUGAAGUGCUUUGAGAGACUAGUCAAGGAUCAUAUCACCUCUACCUUACCUGUCACCCUAGACCCACUUCAAUUUGCUUACCGCCCCAAUAGAUCCACAGACGAUGCAAUCGCCAUCACACUGCACACUGCCCUAUCCCAUCUGGACAAGAGGAAUACCUAUGUAAGAAUGCUGUUCAUUGACUAUAGCUCAGCAUUCAACACCAUAGUACCCUACAAGCUCAUCAUUAAGCUCGAGGCCCUGGGUCUGAACCCCGCCCUGUGCAACUGGGUCCUGGACUUCCUGACGGGCCGCCCCCAGGUGGUGAAGGUAGGAAAUAGCAUCUCCACUUCGCUGAUCCUCAACACUGGGGCCUCCCUAUUUCCUUAUAGUGCACCAUGGCCCAUAGGGCUCUGGUUAAACGUAGUGCACUAUAUAGGGAAUAGGGUGUCAUUUGGGAUGCAAACUAACUUCUACUGUGAAGGAAGUCAACGUGAGGAAUGAUACCAAGCUUGUUUUACCCCAGUUCUGUAUGAUGGUUUCUGGUGGUGACUGUCCCUUUUGAUUGCAUGUCACAUUGAGUCCACAAAAACACAUUGAACAGUUUCAAAACACAACACUUCAAUUAACAUACAGGUAGUUAAAAUGUAUUCCUUUUCAUCACCUAGUCAUUACUGAUGACCUUGUAUUGGAAAUGACUGACCGGCUGUGCCUAGUGGUCAAUAUCAAUGGCCAGUUCAGCUUACAUCUCCGGGUGCAUCCCGAAUAUACAGUGCAUUCGGAAAGUAUUCAGACCCCUUGACUUUUUCCACAUUUUGUUAAGUUACAGCCUUAUUCUAAAAUUGAUUAAAAAAUAAAUAAUCCUCAUUAAUCUACACACAAUACCCCAUAAUGACAAAGCAAAAACAGAUUUUUUUGAUUUCUUUUGGGGGGGGGGGGGGGGAAUAAAAUUUAAAAAAUGGAUUAAAUUGUUUAUUUUUCUUCAUCAAUCUACACACAAUACCAUGACAAUGCUAAAACUGGUUUACAUUUUUUUGCAAAUUCAUUAAAAAUACAAAACUGAAAUAUCACAUUUACAUAAGUAUUCAGACCCUUUGCUCAGUAUUUUGUUCGAAGCACCUUUGGCAGCGAUUACAUCAAGACUUUCUUGGGUAUGGUGCUACAAACUUGGCACACCUGUAUUUGGGGAGUUUCUCCCAUUCGUCUCUACUGAUCCUCUCAAGCUCUGUCAGGUUGGAUGGGGGGCAUCGCUCCACAGCUAUUUUCAGGUCUCUCCAGAGAUGUUCGAUCGGGUUCAAGUCCGGGCUCUGGCUGGGCCACUCAAGGAAAUUCAGAGUCUUGUCCUGAAGCCACUCCUGCGUUGUCUUGGCUGUGUGCUUAGGGUUGUUGUCCUGUUGAAAGGUGAACCUUCGCCCCAGUCUGAGGUCCUGAGCGCUUUGGAGCAGGUUUUAAUCAAGGAUCUCUCUGUACUUUGCUCUGUUAAUCUUUCCCUCGAACCUGACUAGUCUCCCAGUCCCUGCCGCUGAAAAACAUCCCCACAGCAUGAUGCUGCCACCACCAUGCUUCACCGUAGGGAUGGUGACAGGUUUCCUCCAGACGUGACACUUGGCAUUCAGGCCAAAGAGUUCAAUCUUGGUUUCAUCAGACCAGAGAAUCUUGUUUCUCAUGGUCAGAGUCCUUUAGGUGCCUUUUGGCAUACUCCAAGCGGGCUGUCAUGUGCCUUUUACUGAGGAGUGGCUUCCAUCUGGCCACUCUACCAUAAAGGCCUGAUUGGUGGAGUGCUGCAGAGAUGGUUGUCCUUCUGGAAGGUUCUCCCAUCUCCACAGAGGAACUCUGGAGCUCUGUCAGAGUGACCAUCGGGUUCUUGGUCACCUCCCUGACCAAGGCCCUUCUCCCCCGAUUGCAAAGUUUGGCCGUGCGGCCAGCUCUAGGAAGAGUCUUGGUGGUUCAAAACUUAUUCCAUUUAAGAAUGAUGGAGGCCACUGUGUUCUUGGUGGACCUUCAAUGCUGCAGACACUUUUUGGUACCCUUCCCCAGAUCUGUGCCUCGAACACAAUCCUGUCUCGGAGCUCUACGGACAAUUCCUUCGACCUCAUGGCUUGGUUAUUGCUCUGACAUGCACUAUCAACUGUGGGACCUUAUAUAGACAGGUGUGUGCCUUUCCAAAUCAUGUCCAAUCAAUUGAAUUUACCACAGGUGGACUCCAAUCAAGUUGUAGAAACAUCUCAAUGAUGAUCAAUGGAAACAAAACAUUUAUUGAAUCCAUUUUAGAUUAAGGCUGUAACGUAACAAAAUGUGGAAAAAUUCAAUGGGUCUGAAUACUUUCCGAAUGCACUGUAUAUCUUUUUUUUGGAAUAACUACAUACAGUAGAAUCGACGUAAGGGCAUUGGAAAUGUAUUUGGCUGUUGAUCUGCUUGAUGUUCUGUACGUGUCAUAGUGUGAUCUUUUCAAAGGUCUCUGGGGGGCCUUGGGAUCCAGGUGGGCAGGGGUUCAAAGGUCACUGGAGAACAAUUGGAGGUUUACUCAGUAGCACUGCAGAUACAUGGACACUCAAUCAUCAUGAUGCUUUUUAAUGGUAAGUUUACAAACAUUAUAAAUAAAUAGAUCUCAUUAUGGUAAAUGGUGAAAUAAGUAUAGCCAGUUAUACAGUGAGGGAAAAAAGUAUUUGAUCCCCUGGCUGAUUUUGUACGUUUGCCCACUGACAAAGAAAUGAUCAGUCUAUAAUUUUAAUGGUAGGUUUAUUUGAACAGUGAGAGACAGAAUAACAACAACAAAAUCCAGAAAAACGCAUGUAAAAAAAUGUAUGAAUUGAAUUGCAUUUUAAUGAGGGAAAUAAGUAUUUGACCCCUCUGCAAAACAUGACUUAGUACUUGGUGGCAAAACCCUUGUUGGCAAUCACAGAGGUCAGACGUUUCUUAUAGUUGGCCACCAGGUUUGCACACAUCUCAGGAGGGAUUUUGUCCCACUCCUCUUUGCAGAUCUUCACCAAGUCAUUAAGGUUUCGAGGCUGACGUUUGGCAACUCGAACCUUCAGCUCCCUCCACAGAUUUUCUAUGGGAUUAAGGUCUGGAGACUGGCUAGGCCACUCCAGGACCUUAAUGUGCUUCUUCUUGAGCCACUCCUUUGUUGCCUUGGCCAUGUGUUUUGGGUCAUUGUCAUGCUGGAAUACCCAUCCACAACCUAUUUUCAUAGCGCUGGCUGAGGGAAGGAGGUUCUCACCCAAGAUUUGACGGUACAUGGCCCCGUCCAUCGUCCCUUUGAUGCGGUGAAGUUGUCCUGUCCCCUUAGCAGAAAAACACCCCCAAAGCAUAAUGUUUCCACCUCCAUGUUUGACGGUGGGGAUGGUGUUCUUGGGGUCAUAGGCAGCAUUCCUCCUCCUCCAAACACGGCGAGUUGAGUUGAUGCCAAAGAGCUCCAUUUUGGUCUCAUCUGACCACAACACUUUCACCCAGUUCUCCUCCAUCUAUCAAUCUGAAUCAUUCAGAUGUUCAUUGGCAAACUUCAGAUGGGCCUGUAUAUGUGCUUUCUUGAGCAGGGGGACCUUGCGGGCGCUGCAGGAUUUCAGUCCUUCACGGCGUAGUGUGUUACCAAUUGUUUUCUUGGUGACUAUGGUCCCAGCUGCCUUGAGAUCAUUGACAAGAUCCUCCCGUGUAGUUCUGGGCUGAUUCCUCACCGUUCUCAUGAUCAUUGCAACUCACGAGGUGAGAUCUUGCAUGGAGCCUCGGGCCGAGGGAGAUUGACAGUUAUUUUGUGUUUCUUCCAUUUGCGAAUAAUCGCACCAACUGUUGUCACCUUCUCACCAAGCUGCUUGGCGAUGGUCUUGUAGCCCAUUCCAGCCUUGUGUAGGUCUACAAUCUUGUCCCUGACAUCCUUGGAGAGCUCUUUGGUCUUGGCCAUGGUGGAGAGUUUGGAAUCUGAUUGAUUGAUUGCUUCUGUGGACAGGUGUCUUUUAUACAGGUAACAAACUGAGAUUAAUCUCAGCUCGUUACCUGUAUAAAAGACACCUGGGAGCCAGAAAUCUUUCUGAUUGAGAGGGGGUCAAAUACUUAUUUCCCUCAUUAAAAUGCAAAUCAAUUUAUAACAUUUUUGACAUGCGUUUUUCUGGAUUUUGUUGUUGUUAUUCUGUCUCUCACUGUUCAAAUAAACCUACCAUUAAAAUUAUAGACUGAUCAUUUCUUUGUCAGUGGGCAAACUUACAAAAUCAGCAGGGGAUCAAAUACUUUUUUUCCCUCACUGUAAUUGUAAUGGCUUAGCAGAUAAGAAAAGACGAUCAGUAUUUACCUGCUUAAAGAGAAAGAAUAUAAUAUUUAUUGUUUACAGGAAACUCAUUCAACAAUUUUAGAGGAAGUUGUGUGGAAAAAGGACUGGGAGGGUGAAAUAUACUUCUCUCAUGUGCAAAGAAACUCAAAAGGGGUGAUGAUAUUAAUUAACAAUAAUUUUGAUCCGAAUGUGCAAACAGAUCCGCAAGAUAGAUGGAUUAUUUUAAAUAUGUUUGUAACGCAGACGUUGGGAGACGAGAAGCAGGUGAGGGUUAAAUAAACAGACCAAAACAAGAAUAGCAUCUGGACAUGAGAAACAUAACAACAUCAAUGGGAAUGAACCUAAGGGAGUGACAGAUAUAGGGGAGGUAAUCAAUGACGUGAUGGUCCAGGUGAGUCCCAUAAUUAGGCACAGGUGCGCGUAACGAUGGUGGCAGGUGUGCGUAAUGAUGAGUGAACUGGUGACCUGGAGCACCGGAGAGGGGGAGUGGGAGUAGUUGUGACAAUGUUGUUGGACCAUAAACAGAUUUAGCUCAUUAAUCUAUACAGUCCAAAUAAUGAUGAUCCACACUUCUUUGAAACUAUAAUAAUUGAUCAAGCAAUACAAGACUCUAUUAUUAUGGUGGAAGAUUAUAAAAACGGUUUUAAAUACCUCAAAGGAUCAUCAAGGAAAUCACACUACAAACUAUCACCCUCAUGCUCUUAAGGAAAUCACGAAUAUCAUGGAUAUAUUGGAACUAGUGGAUAUAUGGAUGCUUAAAUAUUCUGACCUAGUGAGAUUUAAAUGGCGGAGACUCAAUCAAGCUGGUCGUCUUGACAACUUUCUUAUGUAAUUCUCGUUGGCAUCAAAAGUAAAACAAAGUGUUGAUGGGGGACAGAAUGCAGUUGGAACAUCAAAUAAUUGGCAUAUACAUUACUCUUACUGAAUUUCCACGUGGGCGAGGAUAUUGGAAAUUUUUAUCAAAGCCUACUGGAUGACAACUUGUUUUUAAACCAAGACAGAAUAAUUUAUAACUGACUUUUUCCGACAUAACAGCAGAUCCCCUUAUUGUAUGGGACACUUUUAAAUGUGCCUUUAGAGGCCAUGCAAUUCUGUACUCAUCUUUAAAACAAAAGCAAUUUAGGUCAAAAUAGUUCAUAUUAACAAAGGAAAUAGAGGGACUAAUAGUACAGAUAGAUACAGUGGGGGAAAAAAAAUAUUUAGUCAGCCACCAAUUGUGCAAGUUCUCCCACUUAAAAAGAUGAGAGAGGCCUGUAAUUUUCAUCAUAGGUACACGUCAACUAUGACAGACAAAUUGAGUUUUUUUUUCUCCAGAAAAUCACAUUGUAGGAUUUUUUAUGAAUUUAUUUGCAAAUUAUGGUGGAAAAUAAGUAUUUGGUCACCUACAAACAAGCAAGAUUUCUGGCUCUCACAGACCUGUAACUUCUUCUUUAAGAGGCUCCUCUGUCCUCCACUCGUUACCUGUAUUAAUGGCACCUGUUUGAACUUGUUAUCAGUAUAAAAGACACCUGUCCACAACCUCAAACAGUCACACUCCAAACUCCACUAUGGCCAAGACCAAAGAGCUGUCAAAGGACACCAGAAACAAAAUUGUAGACCUGCACCAGGCUGGGAAGACUGAAUCUGCAAUAGGUAAGCAGCUUGGUUUGAAGAAAUCAACUGUGGGAGCAAUUAUUAGGAAGUGGAAGACAUACAAGACCACUGAUAAUCUCCCUCGAUCUGGGGCUCCACGCAAGAUCUCACCCCGUGGGGUCAAAAUGAUCACAAGAACGGUGAGCAAAAAUCCCAGAACCACACGGGGGGACCUAGUGAAUGGCCUGCAGAGAGCUGGGACCAAAGUAACAAAGCCUACCAUCAGUAAAACAGUACGCCGCCAGGGACUCAGAUCCUGCAGUGCCAGACGUGUCCCCCUGCUUAAGCCAGUACAUGUCCAGGCCCGUCUGAAGUUUGCUAGAGUGCAUUUGGAUGAUCCAGAAGAGGAUUGGGAGAAUGUCAUAUGGUCAGAUGAAACCAAAAUAUAACUUUUUGGUAAAACCUCAACUCGUCGUGUUUGGAGGACAAAGAAUGCUGAGUUGCAUCCAAAGAACACCAUACCUACUGUGAAGCAUGGGGGUGGAAACAUCAUGCUUUGGGGCUGUUUUUCUGCAAAGGGACCUGGACGAAUGAUCAGUGUAAAGGAAAGAAUGAAUGGGGCCAUGUAUCGUGAGAUUUUGAGUGAAAACCUCCUUCCAUCAGCAAGGGCAUUGAAGAUGAAACGUGGCUGGGUCUUUCAGCAUGACAAUGAUCCCAAACACACCGCCCGGGCAACAAAGGAGUGGCUUCGUAAGAAGCAUUUCAAGGUCCUGGAGUGGCCUAGCCAGUCUCCAGAUCUCAACCCCAUAGAAAAUCUUUGGAGGGAGUUGAAAGUCCGUGUUGCCCAGCGACAGCCCCAAAACAUCACUGCUCUAGAGGAGAUCUGCAUGGAGGAAUGGGCCAAAAUACCAGCAACAGUGUGUGAAAACCUUGUGAAGACUUACAGAAAACGUUUGACCUGUGUCAUUGCCAACACAGGGUAUAUAACAAAGUAUUGAGAAACUUUUGUUAUUGACCAAAUACUUAUUUUCCACCAUAAUUUGCAAAUAAAUUCAUUAAAAAUCCUACAAUGUGAUUUUCUGGAUUUUUUUUCUCAUUUUGUCUGUCAUAGUUGAAAAUUAAAGGCCUCUCUCAUCUUUUUAAGUGGGAGAACUUGCACAAUUGGUGGCUGACUAAAUACUUUUUUUCCCCCACUGUAUCAAUACAAACUGUACCAGAGAGUCACAGAAUAAGUUAGAGGAAAAACCAAAAGAACUGGAGGAACUUAUUCAAGAAAGAUCAAGUGUAAUAUAUUAUAAAAAUAAAACAAACUUGGUGGAAUAUGGGGAAAAAUGAACCAAAUUAUUUAUUUAUCUUCAACAUGCUACCAAAAAUGAUUUACUGAAACUUGUUACAAAUGACGGAGUCACCCAUGAUUCACCAAACUAUAUUUUGAAAGAGGAAGCAAAGUACUUUAAGCCUAUGUAUUCGUUUCAGUCUCCUCCAUCGGCACUAACCGAAGUUAAUGGUAAGGAUUUUUUUUCUAUUAAUAAUGUAAAAUUAACAGCUGUACAGAAAUACUCAUGUGAAGGCCAAAUUACAGAGGAGGAACUUUUUGAUGCAAUUAAAGCCUUUAAGUCCGGGAAAACUCCAGGGCUGGAUGGCAUACCAGUGGAGGUAUAUCAAACCUUUUCUGAUGUACUCAGAGGACCGUUAUUAGCAUGUUUUAACCACUCCUAUGUAAAGGGUGGAUUAUCAGAUACUCAACAAGAAGGUCCGAUUUCACUAUUACUGAUACAGGACUCAGGUGGGAAAUAUAAAGAUCCAGUCCAUUAAAACAAAUUGGAGGCCCCUUAUACUUCAGUGCUGUGAUGUAAAGAUUCGAGCAAAAUGCAUAGUGCAUAGAAUUAAAAAGGUAUUGUUGGAUAUUAUUCAUCCUAAUCAGACAGGUUUUUUUUACAUGGACGAUACAUUGGAGAUAAUAUAAGACAAGUACUGGAAACAAUAGAGCACUAUGAAAAAUCUGGGAAACCAGGCCUGGUAUUCAUAGCUGACUUCGAAAAGGCUUUUGAUAAAGUAUGACUGAAAUGUAUAUAUAAAUGCCUGGAAUAUUAUAAUUUUGAAGAAUCUCUUAUACAAUGGGUUAAAGUUAUGUAUAGUAACCCUAGGUGUAAAAUAAUAAAUAAUGGAUACUUCUCAGAAACUAUUAAACUGUCAAGAGGAGUAAAACAAGGUUGUCCACUGUCGGAAUAUGUAUUUUUAUGGCCAUCAAAAUGUUAGCUAUUAAAAUCAGAUCCAACAAUACCUCUAUGGAUUACAACCAAAUUAUGAUAAGUGUACUAUAUUACAUAUUGGAUCCCUAAAAAAAUACACCUUUUACAUAAAAUGGUCUGACAGUUAAGUGGACAUACUAGGUAUUCAUAUCCCGAAAGAAAUAAAUUAUCUCACUACAAUAAAUGUUAAUAGGAAGUUAGCAAAAAUAGAUAAGGUCUUGCAAACAUGGGAAGGAAAAUAUCUGGUUAUUUGUGGAAAAAUCACCCUGAUUAACUCUUUAGUAAUAUCCCAGUUUACCUAUUUGCUUAUGGCCCUGCCUACACCUAACAACUAGUUUUUUUUAUUACAUGAGCAAAAAAGAUUCAAUUUUAUUUGGAAUGGCAAGCCAGACAAAAUUAAAAGGCCUAUUUAUAUCAUGAAUAUUAAUUCGGAGGGCAGAAAUGAUUUAAUAUUAAAGUAUUAGACCUCUCACUAAAGGCUUCAGUCAUACAACAUCUAUACUUAAAUCCAAACUGGUUCUCUAGCACAUUAGUAAAAAUGUCUCACCUCGUGUUCAAGAAUGACCUUUUUCCCUUUAUUCAGAUUACAACCUCUCACUUUUGGUUACUUGAAAAUGAAAUGAUCUCCAAAAUAUUGCAAUUUUUAAAACAAGCCAUAGAAAGUUGUUUGCAAUUUCAGUUUAAUCCACCAGAAAAGACAGAACAAAUAUUACAACAAAUAUUAUGGUUAAACUCAAAUAAACUAAUUAAUUAAAAUUAUUUUUCGAUAAAAUAUUUAAAAAUGGUAUAAUCUUUGUAAAUUAUAUCCUAAAUAUGACUGGUGGAGUUGUCACACAUGCAGCUAACAAAAAUAUAUGGAAAUGUCCUCUCUAUCCAAAAUUACAACCAACUAGUUGCAGCAUUUCCGCAAAAAUGGAAGAGGCAAGUGGAAGAAGGUAAGGAACUUGUCUGUCGGCCCUGCAUUAAAGACCAAAACUGGUUAAAGAAAAUUAUGAUAAAUAAAAAUACCAGUUUCAUUUAAGGACCCAUAAAUUGACAGCUGUGCCAUACAGGUUGCAAAAUAGUUGGGAAGAGAUUUUCGAUGUACCGAUUCCAUGGCAUGAACUGGUACACAAAACGACACCAGAUUCAAUUUAAAUUAUUAUACAAAAUUCUUGCAACCAAUAGAAUGUUAUAUAUAUAUAUAUAUAUAUAUAUAUAUAUAUAUAUAUAUAUAUAUAUAUAUGGGGGAAACAACCAUCCCAGCUCUGCAGAUUUUGCUGCCAAGAGACAGAAUCUUUAGAUCACUUGUUUUGGUACUCCCCAUAUGUAGCUUGUUUUUGGUCACAGGUUCAGGAAUGGUUGAAGAAUUGCAACAUUUACCUGGAGCUAACUCUGCAAAUAGCACUGCUGGGUGAUUUGAAAAGUCAUAGUCAAUCGAACAAUAAUAUAAUAACACUGUUAAUGUAUCUUUAAUUUACAAUCUGUAGACACUAUGACAAUAGAAAGGUUUAACUUUUGUGAAACAUCACAGCACAGUUGAAAAAUAUAUGGCAAAUAGAAAUCAAAACUGGAUGGUGUUCAGAGAUAGAUGGGAGGGGUUGAGGGGAGCUGAAGGGUGGGACUGGAUGGUGUUCAGAGAUAGAUGGGAGGGGUUGAGGGGAGCUGAAGGGUGGGACUGGAUGGUUUUAAGAGAUAGAUGGGAGGGGUUGAGGGGAGCUGAAGGGUGGGACUGGAUGGUUUUAAGAGAUAGAUGGGAGGGGUUGAGGGGAGCUGAAGGGUAGGACUAAAAAUAACAAAAAACAAGAUAACUAAUGUAAAAUCUACUGUGUCCGUAAAAUGUAUAUAGAUGUAUACUGUAAGCUGGAAGUAGAAGCCUAAGUGUUGUUGUCCAUUAGUUUACUCCAAUUAGGGGAGGGAUGGUAGGGUUUGGGGAAAAUAAUAAAGAAGGAAAAUUCAAUAAAAAAAUAUAUAUAUAUUUACCCAAACAUAUAUGGGGGAUUGGAAAUGAUGCAGAUAAUUACGUUGACAGAAGCCACAAUCUAUCUGCAAUAUCAAAGCUGAUCUACCCCCCAGAAAAAAGAAAAAAAUAAUUAUAGUGAUGUAUCAGCUGCUGCAAACUAUUAAAGGUGGCAGAAAUCUGCUUACGCCAGACAUCCCUAAAUUAUCAACAGUAAUGGGCCUGUCAAGUUAUCAAUAGUAAUGGGCCAAUCAAGUUAUCAAUAGUAAUGGGCGUGUUAAGUUAUCAACAGUAAUGGGCCUGUCAAGUUAUCAACAGUAAUGGGCCUGUCAAGUUAUCAACAGUAAUGGGCCUGUCAAGUUAUCAACAGUAAUGGGCCUGUCAAGUUAUCAACAGUAAUGGGCAUGUUUAAGUUAUCAACAGUAAUGGGCCUGUCAUUGUUGAUUGAGCUGUAGAUCGGUGAUUUAGGUGGAUUCCUUGUAUCAUUACCAUUUUUACCAAGUGAUAAUGUUUUUUUUUAAGGCAGUUAUACAUUUUAAAAACAUUACAAUACAUUCAUAACAGAUUUCACAACAUAUUAAGUGUGUGCUCUCAGGCCCCUACUCUACUACCACAUAUCUAUAACACAAAAUCCAUGUGUACGUGUGUGUAUAGUGCGUAUGUUAUCGUGUGUGUGUAUGCAUGUGUUGCUUCACAGUCCCCGCUGUUCCAUAAGGUGUAUUUGUAUCUGUUUUUUAAAUCUAAUUUUACUGCUGGCAUGAGUUACCUGAUGUGGAAUAGAGUUCCAUGUAGUCAUGGCUCUAUGUAGUAUUGUGCGCCUCCCAUAGUCUGUUCUGGACUUGGGGACAGUGAAGAGACCUCUGGUGGCAUGUCUUGUGGGGUAUUGUGGGGUACAUUAGUCUCAGGUGAUGGACCUUCUCUGUCUCUCUCUCUCUCUCGCGCUCCUCUUCCUCUCUCUCUCGCGCUCCUCUUCCUCUCUCUCUCGCGCUCCUCUUCCUCUCUCUCUCUCUCGCGCUCCUCUUCCUCUCUCUCUCGCGCUCCUCUUCCUCUCUCUCUCGCGCUCCUCUUCCUCUCUCUCUCUCUCGCGCUCCUCUUCCUCUCUCUCUCCCUCGUCUCUUUCUUUCAUGAUGGUCAGUUCUGAGCUGUAUCACCUCUCUGGGAUUGCCUCAGAUAAUUGGGGUUAUUUUUACCCUUUAAAACAAACAAAGGCCAGUGCUGACGUCGUUCCUCAGCCUCACUCCCACUGCAUAACACACACACAAACACAAACACGGCCACAGACAGGCAGGCGGGGGAAGAUAGACCACGGUGGCAUCCCAAACGGCACCCUAUUCACUAUGUAGUACACUACCUUUGACCAGGGCCCUUUGGGAUGCAGCCUAAAGCAGCCAGGGUCACACUAACUCGCUAAUACGCAGCUACCUAGAAAUGAACAAGUGCUACACACAUGCGUGGAUACACACACACACACACACUAAAACAUAGCAUUCAUAUACCUAUGCCACUUUUCCAAAUAUUAGGAACCAUAGCAACCCUAGUACUGCUGAAAAGAUACAACAGGGAUUUACUAGGAACCAUAGCAACCAUAGUACAGCUGAAAAGAUACAACAGGGAUUUACUAGGAACCAUAGCAACCAUAGUACAGCUGAAAAGAUACAACAGGGAUUUACUAGGAACCAUAGCAACCAUAGUGCUGCUGAAAGAUACAACAGGGAUUUACUAGGAACCAUAGCAACCAUAGUACAGCUGAAAAGAUACAACAGGGAUUUACUAGGAACCAUAGCAACCAUAGUGCUGCUGAAAGAUACAACAGGGAUUUACUAGGAACCAUAGCAACCAUACUAUAGCUGAAAAGAUACAACAGGGAUUUACUAGGAACCAUAGCAACCAUAGUAUAGCUGAAAAGAUACAACAGGGAUUUACUAGGAACCAUAGCAACCAUAGUGCUGCUGAAAAGAUACAACAGGGAUUUACAUCAGGUACAUAUAACCAGUCAAUAACCAGAGAAAAUGAUGAUGAAGUCAAUGCUGAGUGACAGAACACUGCAACUAAAGGGGUUAUAGAACAGGACACAAAGCUAAUUAGAACCUUGUAGAUCACUCUCAGACUGUCUGUGUGUUACAUAAGGAUACAUGUACUGUACCUCUCUGUCUAAUGACUGAGACACAUAGCUAGCGCAGGGAAACAAUACCAUUCACUUCAGGCCUCUAGGCACAUGCACACCGGACAGUUUAUUAGGUACAUCAAUCUACUACCGGGUCGGACCCCCCUUUGUCUCCAGAACAACCUGAAUUCUUCGGGGCAUUCUACAAGGUGUCGGAAACGUUCCACAGGGAUGUUGGUCCAUGCUGACGCGAUGGCAUCACGCAGUUGCUGCAGAUUGCGUUCAUGCUUCGAACAGCCCGUUCCAUCUCAUCCCAAAGAUGGUCUACUGGGUUGAGGUCUGGGGACUGCUCAGGCCUCUCAGUAAACUGAACACUCUGUCAUAUUCAAGGCAAUGUUUUUCCACUCCUCAAUUGUGUUGGUGAUCGCGUGCCCACUGGAGCCGCUUUAGCCGAUAGGAGUGGAACAUGGUGUGGUCGUGAUAUUUCUUCAGGGAAGAGAGGGGAAUGUGGUUUAGCCCCUCUGUGUACAAUAUGGCAGUGAAGGUGCAUCCAUGCGAUUAUUGUCAACAAAGAAAUGGACUGUAUUAGAGAGAUAUCUUAGGUGUGGUUAAUGUCUCUGCCAUACGGUGAUUCCCAGUAGCAGUUUUGAUGCUGUUGCAGAGAUUCAUAGAAUGACACAGGUUCCAAGAAAGCAAUUGCAACUCUCUGAGUCCAAAGUCUGCAAAUCUGUAACACUUUGCAAAGGUUGGCUGUAGGUAGUGGGCCCAAUAAAAUGAAUUUGGGGGCAGAGUGAUCUACCAUUAAAUGAUUGGGGCAUCACCCAGUCUCCUAUCCCCACCAUUCAAACCUCCACUCCCCAUCAGUCACUCUAAGCACAUCUCAGUGAGAGACUCAAAAUGAUGAAUGAUUCACCAAACCUAUCAGAUCCACUUGGUGAGAGUGAGUGAAGGCUCCCAACCACAGGAGGCUGCUGAGGGGAGGACGGCUCAUAAUAAUGGCUGGAAUGGAGUAAAUGGAAUGGUAUCAAACAUGGAAACCAUUUAUUCCGUUCCAGCCAUUACUACAGUAUGAGCCCGUCCUCCCCAAUUAAGGUGCCACCAACCCCCUGUGCUCCCAACACACUGGGCAAAAAAACAGAUUUUCUCCAGGAUAGUAACGGUACGACCAUGGACCGUUUGGACUAGCCACUGAGCCCGUAACGGUACGACCAUGGACCGUUUGGACUAGCCACUGAGCCCGUAACGGUACGACCAUGGUCCGUUUGGACUAGCCACUGAGCCCGUAACGGUAUGACCAUGGACCGUUUGGACUAGCCACUGAGCCCGUAACGGUACGACCAUGGUCCUUUUGGACUAGCCACUGAGCCCGUAACGGUACGACCAUGGUCCUUUUGGACUAGCCACUGAGCCCGUAACGGUACGACCAUGGUCCGUUUGGACUAGCCACUGAGCCCGUAACGGUACGACCAUGGUCCGUUUGGACUAGCCACUGAGCCCGUAACGGUACGACCAUGGACCGUUUGGACUAGCCACUGAGCCCGUAACGGUACGACCAUGGUCCUUUUGGACUAGCCACUGAGCCCGUAACGGUACGACCAUGGACCGUUUGGACUAGCCACUGAGCCCGUAACGGUACGACCAUGGUCCGUUUGGACUAGCCACUGAGCCCGUAACGGUACGACCAUGGUCCGUUUGGACUAGCCACUGAGCCCGUAACGGUACGACCAUGGACCGUUUGGACUAGCCACUGAGCCCGUAACGGUACGACCAUGGUCCGUUUGGACUAGCCACUGAGCCCGUAACGGUACGACCAUGGACCGUUUGGACUAGCCACUGAGCCCGUAACGGUACGACCAUGGUCCGUUUGGACUAGCCACUGAGCCCGUAACGGUACGACCAUGGUCCGUUUGGACUAGCCACUGAGCCCGUAACGGUACGACCAUGGUCCGUUUGGACUAGCCACUGAGCCCGUAACGGUACGACCAUGGUCCAUUUGGACUAGCCACUGAGCCCGUAACGGUACGACCAUGGACCGUUUGGACUAGCCACUGAGCCCGUAACGGUACGACCAUGGUCCGUUUGGACUAGCCACUGAGCCCGUAACGGUACGACCAUGGUCCGUUUGGACUAGCCACUGAGCCCGUAACGGUACGACCAUGGACCGUUUGGACUAGCCACUGAGCCCGUAACGGUACGACCAUGGUCCGUUUGGACUAGCCACUGAGCCCGUAACGGUACGACCAUGGUCCGUUUGGACUAGCCACUGAGCCCGUAACGGUACGACCAUGGUCCGUUUGGACUAGCCACUGAGCCCGUAACGGUACGACCAUGGUCCUUUUGGACUAGCCACUGAGCCCGUAACGGUACGACCAUGGUCCGUUUGGACUAGCCACUGAGCCCGUAACGGUACGACCAUGGACCGUUGAAUCAUUGGCCAUUACCCCACCUGUGGAGCUGUUACAGCUGGUCGUAAGUCGUGAGUUGUCGUGACCAAUCCCCAUCCAACACAGCUAAAUAUAGCACAGAACUUCUCCUGUAUUGUCGCUGCUAAAAGUUAGACCAACACGAAACAUCGGCCGUGCGCAGCAGGUGGCUGUCCUAUCUCCUCUGACCACAGUACAUCAACUGUCAUUUUCUGUUCAUAUCCUGACCAUCCUACACCCAGCAGGUAUGCACAGCCGAAGUCCAAGUCUCUGUGGUGUCGUGGUUAAGAGCAUUGGGUAUCGAAGGGAAGAACGUCUCUGUGAUGUCGUGGUUAAGAGCAUUGGGUAUCGAAGGGAAGAACGUCUCUGUGGUGUCGUGGUUAAGAGCAUUGGGUAUCGAAGGGAAGAACGUCUCUGUGGUGUCGUGGUUAAGAGCAUUGGGAAUUGAAGGGAAGAACGUCUCUGUGGUGUCGUGGUUAAGAGCAUUGGGUAUUGAAGGGAAGAACGUCUCUGUGGUGUCGUGGUUAAGAGCAUUGGGUAUUGAAGGGAAGAACGUCUCUGUGGUGUCGUGGUUAAGAGCAUUGGGAAUUGAAUGGAAGAACGUCUCUGUGGUGUCGUGGUUAAGAGCAUUGGGUAUUGAAGGGAAGAACGUCUCUGUGGUGUCGUGGUUAAGAGCAUUGGGUAUUGAAGGGAAAUACACUACAACUAAAUAGCACCGUCUUUUGGGAGUUGUAUCAGUACAUCAUCAACAAGACCAUAUGUACACAGUCUGUUGUCUGAGAGAGAGAGAGAGAGAGAGAGAGAGAGAGAGAGAGAGAGAGAGAGAGAGAGAGAGAGAAAAAUGUUUACUGUUCAUAUUUGAUAGUUUAUUUCACUUUUGUUUAUUGUCUAUUGCACUUGCUUUGGCAAUAUAAACAUAUGUUUCCCAUGCCAAUAAAGCCCUUUGAAUUGAGACAGAGAGAAACAAAGACUGAGAUGGAGACAGAAACAGAGAGACAGACGAGACGGAGACGAGAACAGAGAGACAGACGAGACGGAGACAGAAACAGAGAGACAGACCGAGACGGAGACAGAAACAGACCGAGACGGAGAAGAGAGACAGACGGAGACAGAAACAGACCGAGACGGAGACAGAGAGACAGACGGAGACGGAGACAGAAAAAGAGAGACAGACGGAGACAGAAACAGACCGAGAUGGAGACAGAGAGACAGACCGAGACGGAGACAGAAACAGAGAGACCAGACCGAGACGGAGACAGAAACAGACGGACGAACAGAGAGACAGACGGAGACAGAAACAGAGAGACAGACGAGACAGAAACAGAGAGACAGACCGAGACGGAGACAGAAACGAGGACGACGAGACGGAGACAGAAACGACGGAGACAGAGAGACGAGACGGAGACAGAAACAGAGAGACAGACCGAGACGGAGACAGAAACAGACCGAGACGGAGACAGAGAGACAGACGGAGACAGAAACAGAGAGACAGACCGAGACGGAGACAGAAACAGAGAGACAGACGGAGACAGAAACAGAGAGACAGACCGAGACGGAGACAGAAACAGACCGAGAUGGAGACAGAGAGACAGACGGAGACAGAAACAGAGAGACAGACCGAGACGGAGACAGAAACAGACCGAGACGGAGACAGAGAGACAGACGGAGACAGAAACAAAGAGACAGACCGAGACGGAGACAGAAACAGAGAGACAGACCGAGACGGAGACAGAAACAGACCGAGACGGAGACAGAAACAGAGAGACAGACCGAGACGGAGACAGAAACAGAGAGACAGACCGAGACGGAGACAGAAACAGAGAGACAGACCGAGACGGAGACAGAAACAGACCGAGACGGAGACAGAGAGACAGACGGAGACGGAAACAGAGAGACAGACCGAGACGGAGACAGGCCAGUGAAUUGUGGCAGUAUUUAAUCGUCAAUUGAUGCAAUUUAACUUCUUAGCUAGCUGCUGUUGCUAGCAGUUGCCAGGCAACGCUGAGGUGGCUGACUGUGGUUUAAAGAGACAGAGACCUUUAAACCAAAAGCUGCAGCUGGGUCUUUGCUUACUGUCUCACUGACUCUCACAUGCAGGUGUCUUUCUGUGUUUAAAGGUCUAAUGGACUAAUGUAUACAGAGACCCUAUGGUACAUUUCAGGUUACACAUUACAUAACAUUGCUUGCAUUAUGUAUACUGUACACCAUCGAUUCAUUGAUUUUCAAUAGGGAACCGAAGGAGAAUAUACAAUGUCCGUCAGACAAACUGGACCCCUAGUAAUCAUAGUUACAUUUCCAGAUGGUGAUCAGGUUAUCGGGAGUGAUAGGUAAUCAUUACACAUUCUUCACAUCUGCCGAUCGAUCAGUUCAGAUAGGGGCAGAUUGACCAAGCCAAUACUGUGGGUCAGGAACCUAUCUCACCCAAAUAAUCAAAACCUUGACUCUCCUCAUACGCUGUGUCCCAAAUGGCAUGUUAUUCCCUAUGGCACUAUGCCUAUCGGCCCUGGUGAAAAGUAGUGCACUAUAUAGGGAAUAAGGUCCCAUUUGGGAUGCAGUCACUGACUACAGCAAUAGGCUACACAGUGACAUUUCAGUGUCUCCCAUGUUGGCAAAUUGAUCUUGACCAGUCUGUCUGGCCAAUACAAUCGUUGGGCUACACAGAAGGAGAGACUUCCACAAGAUUGUCUUCAUCAGUGUCAAGAAAUGAACUCAACGAAACAAAUUCUAAGUGACGGUUUCCAGAACACAGAUCAAGCAUAGUCCUGGACUAAAAAGCAAGCUCAAUGGAGCAUCUCCUUUGAAAGUGUCCGGAACACAGCAGUCAGUUUGUUUUAUGAAAGCUUUAUCAUCAACAGGAAACAUUAACUAUUCAUCCAUGUCGUUUUAAAACACCAGUGAAUAUAACCGGAGGCAAUGUUAAAAGACUAAAGGACCAUGCUGCUGUCGCCAUGUCCCUUUGUGUGUGUGUGUGUGUGCGUGUGCGUGUGUGUGUGUCAGUGUGUGUGUGUGUGUGUGUGUGUCAGUGUGUGUGUGUGUGUGUCAGUGUGUGUGUGUGUGUGUGUGUGUCAGUGUGUGUGUGUGUGUGUGUGUGUGUGUGUGUGUGCGUGUGUGUGUGUGUGUGUCAGUGUGUGUGUGUGUCCCAGCACCCCACAGGUAGAUCACCUAGUCCUUCCCUGACUGCCUGGUCUGUGUUGGGAAGCUGUUAUGACUCAGCUAUAGCCAGAGAGUCUUAUGGCCCUAUUUUAUUCUCAGCAUCACAGAUGUUAUGAUGGCUCUAUUAUUCAUAUAUCGUUAUGCCAAGUCACAUUGUAUAUGGCAGGGGACCAAAGCAGAACUGAUGCAUGAAUAGUAACCAUAUGAAAUGAGUCAGCCUACUAACUGUCAUAUUCAAAAAAAAUAAUGUCCUGAAAGUUCGACAAUCAGAUGUGUUUGUUACACUUCAAUCAAAUCAAAUAGAAAUAGAAUGGAAUAGUGUCAUGUUUUACUGGUAUUUAUUUUGUGUAAAACUACUAUGUUAUUCCGAAAUGAAAUGACGAUUGUAAUCAAAUGCUUGUGGUUAACUCCAACUACCGCAUUUAUUUCAGCUUGAGUCCUUAAUUAACGUACAACAUGAAGAUGGAUCAUUAGCGUAUAAAACAGAUCAAACACGCUUUCAGGUCGUUUUAUGUCAAUUCUGAUUGGUUAAUAGCAGGCAAUAAGCUAUUUUCAACAAAUAAUCUAUUUUUCAUGAUAUCCCGAUCAGAAUUACAAAGAACACAUUGAAACCAGUGGCACACUGCAAGGUGUUUGGUGGACAAGUAGUUCUUUAAGACCCCUUUAUUUUAAAGGCAUCCAACCAACAACCUCUUACAUUCAUAUUAAUAGGUCCAAUUGGCCAUCCAGUUUUUUAACUGAGGGCAAAUGAUGCAAUGUAGACCUAUGAUUUUUUUUUUUGGGGGGGGGGGGUAAGUGACUGUGGGACUGAGUGCUUCAGGUAUAGUCUCUUAACACCUGUUGUUAUAGUGAAACGACAGUCACUACACAGGUAUAAGUGCAACUUCAUGUGAAGUGUUAUCAUUUUCUGAUCGUGGAGUUCUCAUUUUCUGAUAGUCUUUUACAGUAUAAUUAUGAACAAAUCAGAAAAAAAAAUGGGUAGCCUUCAAACAGCUGUACAAAAAUAAUCGAGAAAUAAAGAUGGAUUUGAUUGUAACAACAGGUGUAUAACAACGGGCUGCCUCCUAUUAAUUUUAAAUUGCCGGCGCAUCUUCAGUAUCUUAACGACUGUCAUAAUAUCGACAUGGAAAGAAGGCUUCACUGCACAAUGACACAAUUAGUCACUGCGGUAGAUAGAUCAUAGAUAUAUAGCCGAUGUGGCACUGCAAUAGCCUAGGCUAUCAUUCACUGUGUGUUCCACAUGUAGCAAUCGUUCUUGUCUAUAACAAAAGAUUUCCAUAGGAUGGAUUUCAUUUCAAUAGCUCUUCCUCAUCAUACUCCCUUGGCAAACUAAACUGCUGAAGCGUCAACAUUCAAGGGAAACCGAGGGGAAGCAGCGACAAAAACCUGAAAAGAAUUCAGAACGUAGCGUGAUAAAUGAUGGAAAUGUAAGGGAUGAUGACAUGCGCUACAUGAUUGGCAGCCCGUGGAUACAGUAGGAUACACAAUCAUAACAAAACGACUGUGUAUCUAUUGCUCUCGCGCGCCGUGCACACAGCAAAUGUAUCCACAACAUUACGCAUUCUUCAUCAUGUAACACGGACAUUUACAGAGAUAUACAUUAUGGAACUGAUUUGCAGAAAUAUAUCCCCAACAGUUCAACAGGGGCGUGAAACAAAUGCACUUACCUCUCGUUUCACAUUCCAUAGUAAUUUUUCUUUGAAUUCUUCUGUGGACGAACCCAUGACUCUCCGUGUUCUUAUGUCGGUCUCUGUGACAGACGAAGUGACAGCGACAGAAUCAACCUGAUUGUCCGCAAUCAAGGAUGUCUAGUGCCUUCCGCCCUUUCUCAACGCUUCUAUUUACUUUUUCCUUCCUUCCUUCCUUCCUUCCUUCCUUCGCUCCCUCUCACAGCAAUGUGGUCGUGCAGCCUGACAGCUGGCAGUUGACGCAUGUGUGUACCGGUGCUGCCGCGGAGCAUUGAGGAGCCAUCUUCAGAUCCCCUCAGAAUGACGCCAGCGGAGCGGGACCCGCCCCCUUUAUCAAUGGGGUAAAUCACUUCUCAUACUGUACCUCGCGCUAUUAUUUAUAGCGCUCCUCCUCGGUGUGAGAGGGGACUGGAGGAUUGGGGGGGUAUUGAGGUGUGACGCUAAGCAGCAUUUUGGCUGUAGUCUUUGUAUUUAAUAUGAUAGAGCCAUGGGGGUUUCAAAGACAGACUGACUCACACAGAAUACCAACACAGAUAGGAAGACACACACACACGCAAACACACAAUACUGUAACCAACACAACAGACACACAAUACUGUAACCAAGACAACAGACACACAAUACUGUAACCAAGACAACAGACACACAAUUUCUCAUUCUCUCAUCUAUGUUGGGCUCCAUUCAUGUGAGUGUGACUCAAUCAUUAAAUUGAUUAAUUAUAUUGUCAUGUAACAUCGGCCAAAGCAAAUAGCCCUGCUUGCAUUUGUGCUUCAUUCAAUUAUCAUUACAAAACACAUCACCAUUAUUCUGAUCUAUGGCAUAAAUUUGUCUGAGCCUAUUUUGAGGCUAAGAAUAUCUUGAAUGAAGAUUAUCUUGAGGGAAACGGGUCCCGUUUUAGAAAUGUCAUCGUACGUUAGGCUGCAGUAAAAAUAAAUCAAUGUGGGCAUUAGCAUCCUGAUAUAUAUACAGAAUAACCUUUUUGACUGGGACCUUUUACUGUCAUUAUACCUCUAACUAGCGCCCCCAAGUGGCUUGUCAAUGAACUACAGCUGUCUGCCUAGAAACAUGCCUGCUGCUCCCAUUCACUGGUUCCAGAAACAUGUCUGUUGCUUCCCUCCACUGGUUCCAGAACCAUGUCUGUUGCUUCCCUCCACUGGUUCCAGAAACAUGUCUGUUGCUUCCCUCCACUGGUUCCAGAACCAUGUCUGUUGCUUCCCUCCACUGGUUCCAGAACCAUGUCUGUUGCUUCCCUCCACUGGUUCCAGAACCAUGUCUAUUGCUUCCCUCCACUGGUUCCAGAACCAUGUCUGUUGCUUCCCUCCACUGGUUCCAGAACCAUGCCUGUUGCUUCCCUCCAAUAUAGACAGUGGUAAUGGAGUCAGAUCAUAUCAGAUAAACUCAUCCCACAGCUUGAAAUGUUGUCAAUAGUGCCAUUGAAUUGGAUCCUUUUUUGGUGGCGCAACAGGUUAGUAUGUUCUCAAGCAGGGCGGUCACGUGUGUUGAUGAGGCAGAGGGUGCAAGAUCACGUACCGGUAAUGAUGUUGUGAGAAAGGAAGAAAUGCUCCUAAGCGGCAGUGUAUCCUGUUACACAAAGACUGGGUAUUCAUUGUAUUAUUUGAAACCUUUUUAUUAUGGAAAACCAAGUGAAAAUAAAGGAAUAAAGAGUAAACUGCAUUAAAACACAUUAGAGGCACCCCCUUAAAAGUGUUAAGAGGAAAUGUCUUGAGUGAAUACUUGUUAAUAAGCAUGAUCUGCCAUUCAUUAACCUGAUCCCCGGGGCUACUUCACAAAGCAUUAACCUGAUCCCCGGGGCUACUGCACAAAGCAUUAACCUGAUCCCCGGGGCUACUGCACAAAGCAUUAACCUGAUCCCCGGGGCUACUGCACAAAGCAUUAACCUGAUCCCCGGGGCUACUGCACAAAGCACUGGGCCGAAGUAUCUGGGAACGAGAAUAGCCAUUUAUAGACAUCGCUGAAUGUGUCCCUCAAGUUAAUUUCAUUAAAAAGUAUUUGGCAUGUCAAAAUGUGAUAUGAGACACUCUCAAAACUCUCAUUAUACACUAAAAAACAUUCACGGUCUUCCCUGUCUAUUCACAGAAGGCGAUAGGGCUACGACAGUUGAUUUUGAUUGCUUGUCAUAAAUCUGCUCGUCCUAGAACUUGUCACAACUCCAAAAAAAAGUUGAUAGCUGUAUAAUAAAUGUACAUAUACCCAUCUAUAACAGCCUCAGAACAGCCUGAACUCGUCGGGAGCAUGGACUCUACAAGGAGUCGAAAGCGUUCCACGGCGAUGCUGGCCCAUGUUGACUCCAAUGCCAUUAGUGGUUUGAGACCUAUCUGAUACGUGAUUGGCUGCUGCAGUGAUAGUAUGUGUGCGUCUCUAAUGAGCCCUGGUUAAAAGUAGUGCACAAUACAGGAAAUAGGGUGCCAUGAAGGACACAGCCUAUAUUCAUUGAAUAAAGCUCAUGUUGGAAUAUAUAUUUUUAAUUGUUCUAUUAUGGAUCGAUGGCAUAACAUGAAGGUUGCAAUUGUGAUUGUGAAGAAGAGAGUUCUAUAUCAUUCAAGGAGAAAUAGCAUAAGCAUCUCAAUGUUUUAAAUCACAAGUUUUCCAUCGACAAAGUCUGUCAGGCACCAGGGUGAUGCAGCAUGGUAGCCAUUUUGGGGCCAACAACACCAGUGCUUCAGCGGUGGGUGUAGUGAUUAAGUGAAGAGCCAGCGGGGAGCCAGUUUCCUCCUCUGUGGUUAGAUGGGACACAUCCUUAAGGCGUCAGCAUGCUUCGGUUCGGCUGGCGCCUAGCCGUAGGCGAACAAGGGUGCUCGCAUACUCUCUUGGAAAAAAAGUGGCAAUAGUACUGUUUGUCCAUAUUGAGACGCCGUAUCCAGAAUACACUUCCUCAAAAUAGUCAGAAUUAAUCUAAGAUAAUUUAAGAAAUCUGUCCUAAAUGUAGACGUUUUUAGUCGCGCAAUUUUACAUCUAACUAAGAUGUUUGGUGUUUCUCAAUGAAACGCUGUGCAUGAAAACAAGUUGUCUCUGGUUGAAUAACAACAAAUACUUUAUUGAAGAAUCCCUACUGUUGACCAAUCACAGACGAAGGGGCGUAGACUUCGGCUACAGAUGUCAGCUUGCCUCAAUAAUUUUUUGGGUGUGCACGAACAUCUGAAAAACCCCUUGAAGAAGAGCAAAAUUAACUAAAACUUCACAAAAUGUCGUCAUAAUAUAUAAACAAACUGUUCCGAACAGUUUUGAUUUGGGAAACAUGCGGACGCCUUUAGUGUCCCAGCGGCCGGUCAGCAGGGAGCCGGUUUCCUCCUCUGUGGUUAGAUGGUACCCUUUCCCAUACAUUAUACUGAGUGGCGCAGUGGUCUAAGGCAGUGCUAACUGUGCCACUAGAGAUCCUGGUUCGAAUCCAGGCUCUGUCGCAGCCGGCCGCGACCGGGAGACUCAUGGGCGGCGCACAAUUGGCCCAGCGUCGUCCAGGGUAGGGGAGGGAAUGGCCGGCAGGGAUGUAGCUCAAUUGAUAGAGCAUGGCGUUUGCAACGGCAGGGUUGUGGGUUCGAUUCCCACGGAGGGCCAGUAUAAAAAAAUAUGUAUUCGCUGACUGUAAGUCGCUCUGGAUAAGAGCGUCUGCUAAAUGACUAAAAAUGUACUUUUGACCAGAGCCCUAUGGGCAUAGGGAGCCUUCACCCACUCUCACCAAGGGCUGUAGCAGUAAAUGGAUCUGAUGGGUUUGAUGAACCAUCUGACCAUUUUGAGUCUCUCACUUGAGAGGUGACUGACAGGGAGAUGAGGGUUCGAAUGGUAGUGCACUUCAUAGGGUGUCUCUUUAGUUUCCUCCUCUGUGGUUAGACAGCAGGGAGCCAGUUUCCUCCUCUGUGGUUAGACAGCAGGGAGCCAGUUUCCUCCUCUGUGGUUAGACAGCAGGGAGCCAGUUUCCUCCUCUGUGGUUAGACAGCAGGGAGCCAGUUUCCUCCUCUGUGGUUAGACAGCAGGGAGCCAGUUUCCUCCUCUGUGGUUAGACAGCAGGGAGCCAGUUUCCUCCUCUGUGGUUAGACAGGCUUCGUCAAAACGACACUGUAUUCUCUACAUAGUGCACUACAUUUGACCAGAGCCAUAUGGGGCCCCGAUUUCCUAAUAAAAUCCCUAUUGGCCUGUGUCAAAAGUAGUACACCAUAUAGAGAAUAGGGUGUCAUCCCAGCGGCCGGUCGUCGUAGGCGCUGUACCUCUUGACGUGGAUACGGCGCACGCGCUCCCUAAGGUCCACCCCCCCCCCCCGAGUGGGUGGGGCCUUCCUCCUCCUCACUGUGGGAACCACAGUGGGCGUGGCUGUGGGCGUGGCUGUGGGCGUGUGGCCUCCAAUAGGGCGUCGUCAGGGACAGGAAGUGUCUCGUAUAGCAGAGCGUUCAGGGUCUCCUCGUAGAUCCUGGCCUCUGGGAACUCCACCUGGGAUAGAGACGGACGGACGGACGGACGGACGGACGGGGUCAACAUGAAGAUUUGCUGCAGUGCAGUAGUAGCGGGUCGGUGUCAGCAACGAUGGACUGCCAUGAACAAAUGGGUGUGUGUGUGUGAGUGUGAGUGUGUGUGUGAGUGUGUGUGUGUGUGUGAGUGUGAGUGUGAGUGUGUGAGUGUGAGUGUGUGUGAGUGUGAGUAAAACCCCUAACCAACCUCGGUCUGUUUUUUUUUUUUUUUUUCUCUGUGGCGUAGACUAUGGAUGUGCAGCAGACCUCCGCCAGCUUGCGUCCCUGUCUGUCCGUAGAACGACCAGCAGCAGAUCUCGUCACCGAUCACGUCCUUGAUGAAGAGAACACGGCCAUUGUAGCUCAAGAGACAGCUUGUCAAAAAAGCUCAAUAUUCUUCAACAGGUUGUCGUCUGAGUUACUGUGGAGGAAUGCAACCCAUGGAUCAGGAGGUACACAUAAGUAUUUCAUUGUCAACACAGAGUACAUGAUGAGUACUUGACAUUAGAGGCCCUCACUGAGCACUUACCAACAGUCAUUAACUAUUAUUGACUCUCCAAACAACAGAACAGGCAUAGGGUUCACUAGACUUGUAGUAUCUUACCUGGUAUAGGAGUACUUGUUGUUACUUCCUGUUGUACAGCAGCUUCACUACAGGCUUGGUGCAGGCCUGGAUCAGUCUCUCCUCCUCCUUGGCAGAGGUGACCACAGGGAUUACACACAGAGACUGCUCCUUCUGGUCCUGUUAAUCAAACACACCACAGGGAUUACACACAGAGACUGCUCCUUCUGGUCCUGUUAAUCAAACACACCACAGGGAUUACACACAGAGACUGCUCCUUCUGGUCCUGUUAAUCAAACACACCACAGGGAUUACACACAGAGACUGCUCCUUCUGGUCCUGUUAAUCAAACACACCACAAGGAUUACACACAGAGACUGCUCCUUCUGGUCCUGUUAAUCAAACACACCACAGGGAUUACACACAGAGACUGCUCCUUCUGGUCCUGUUAAUCAAACACACCACAGGCAGGCUGGUAUAGUACAUAACAGACACCACGGGCAGGCAGGUAUAGUACAUAGAGAGAAAGAGGUCCAGGACCAGUCUAAACAAUGCCUGGUUCCACUCUCACUGGCUCUGUGCUGCUGAACAAUACAAAGGCUCUGUGUCAGGACAUACAGUGGGGAAAAAAAGUAUUUAGUCAGCCACCAAUUGUGCAAGUUCUCCCACUUAAAAAGAUGAGAGAGGCCUGUAAUUUUCAUCAUAGGUACACGUCAACUAUGACAGACAAAUUGAGAAAAUCACAUUGUAGGAUUUUUAAUGAAUUUAUUUGCAAAUUAUGGUGGAAAAUAAGUAUUUGGUCACCUACAAACAAGCAAGAUUUCUGGCUCUCACAGACCUGUAACUUCUUAUUUAAGAGGCUCCUCUGUCCUCCACUCGUUACCUGUAUUAAUGGCACCUGUUUGAACUUGUUAUCAGUAUAAAAGACACCUGUCCACAACCUCAAACAGUCACACUCCAAACUCCACUAUGGCCAAGACCAAAGAGCUGUCAAAGGACACCAGAAACAAAAUUGUAGACCUGCACCAGGCUGGGAAGACUGAAUCUGCAAUAGGUAAGCAGCUUGGUUUGAAGAAAUCAACUGUGGGAGCAAUUAUUAGGAAAUGGAAGACAUACAAGACCACUGAUAAUCUCCCUCGAUCUGAGGCUCCACGCAAAAUCUCACCCGUGGGGUCAAAAUGAUCACAAGAACGGUGAGCAAAAAUCCCAGAACCACACGGGGGGACCUAGUGAAUGACCUGCAGAGAGCUGGGACCAAAGUAACAAAGCCUACCAUCAGUAACACACUACGCCGCCAGGGACUCAAAUCCUGCAGUGCCAGACGUGUCCCCCUGCUUAAGCCAGUACAUGUCCAGGCCCGUCUGAAGUUUGCCAGAGUGCAUUUGGAUGAUCCAGAAGAGGAUUGGGAGAAUGUCAUAUGGUCAGAUGAAACCAAAAUAGAACUUUUUGGUAAAAACUCAACUCGUCAUGUUUGGAGGACAAAGAAUGCUGAGUUGCAUCCAAAGAACACCAUACCUACUGUGAAGCAUGGUGGUGGAAACAUCAUGCUAAAAUAGAUUUCAUUGGAUUUCAAUAGAUUUCAUUGGCUGUUUUUCUGCAAAGGGACCAGGACGACUGAUCCGUGUAAAGGAAAGAAAGAAAGGGCCAUGUAUCGUGAGAUUUUGAGUGAAAACCUCCUUCCAUCAGCAAGGGCAUUGAAGAUGAAACGUGGCUGGGUCUUUCAGCAUGACAAUGAUCCCAAACACACCGCCCGGGCAACGAAGGAGUGGCUUCGUAAGAAGCAUUUCAAGGUCCUGGAGUGGCCUAGCCAGUCUCCAGAUCUCAACCCCAUAGAAAAUCUUUGGAGGGAGUUGAAAGUCUGUGUUGCCCAGCGACAGCCCCAAAACAUCACUGCUCUAGAGGAGAUCUGCAUGGAGGAAUGGGCCAAAAUACCAGCAACAGUGUGUGAAAACCUUGUGAAGACUUACAGAAAACGUUUGACCUGUGUCAUUGCCAACAAAGGGUAUAUAACAAAGUAUUGAGAAACUUUUGUUAUUGACCAAAUACUUAUUUUCCACCAUAAUUUGCAAAUAAAUUCAUUAAAAAUCCUACAAUGUGAUUUUCUGGAUUUUUUUUUCUCAUUUUGUCUGUCAUAGUUGACAUGUACCUACGAUGAAAAUUACAGGCCUCUCAUCUUUUUAAGUGGGAGAACUUGCACAAUUGGUGGCUGACUAAAUACUUUUUUCCCCACUGUAUAUGAAGGCUCAGCUAAAUUCCAUUUGAACAACUCAGUCAGGUCAGGAGGUGACUUUGUUGAUCGAAGCAUGCUCACAGAAUUUAAAUGGACUGGAACUGAACCCUCACCCCUGACAUAGAAGAGUGUAAAGAUUAUGUUGAAACUUGUAUUCACUAAACUCUACCACAAGUGUAGUGUAUUACAUCAAACAUUGUAAAAACGAUCUCUGAGGUUGAGUGAAUCUCUUAUAAUGCUUUAUCAUUUCAUGUUUAAGACUUGCUCAAAGAUGUAUUAAUAUAAGAAGUAUAUUCCAAUCUGAAAAUGAUGGACUCCACUUCAUUCAUAAACCCGUUUAAUGACAUCCACUUUCUGUCAUAAAAAAAAGAAGAAAAAAGAGGACAUGACAUGAAUGAAAGCCAGAGCGGUUUUUAAUUCAACGUGGUAUUGAUUCAGUACUCCUCAGCAUAGAUGUGCUAGAGGCCAAUGGAACAAAGACCGUAGGGUAUAGAAAGACGCCGGAUUGGAGCACAUUCAACACAUUCAAUCAAAGUGGAUAUUCGUCAAAUCCGUCAUGAUUGAUGUAUUGUAACAGGCCCACAAUGUGGUAACUAAAGUCUGAUUUGUCUGUUUCCACUUUUCAGGUUUAGAAAAAGUGACUGCUAAAUGCUAACUCCUGUUCGUGUAAACUGGUAGCUUAGCAAGCAUACAGAAAUCGGUGGUGGUAGUCAGUCGUUCUUAACUGUAAUGCCGUUGAUUGGUGACGAUGGCAUGUAUUGUGGUUGACAUCCAUACAAGCAUUACCUACCGAUGUUUACCUCAACAUAGUGUAUUUCUCCCAUAAGAUCUUUCCCCCCCCCCCAUGCGUUUCCAUGGCAUUUCCAUUGUUUUGGUCGGGUUCGAUUGAUCUCUUUACCGCAUGUAUCGUUGCCCACGGUUACCAUGGAGACAGCAGAAUCUCCCCAGUAUAACCUUGGCUAGUCCAAAUACUGAAUGCCAGGCAUUCCAAUGAACAUCUAUCACACUGACACAGGCUGCAUGCUACAUGGCACCCCAUGAGGCGGCAGGUAGCCUAGCGGUUAAGAGCGUUGGGCCAGUAACCGAAAGGUCGCUGGUUCGAAUCCCCGAGCCAACAAGGUGGAUAUAUCCACUGUUCUGCCCUUGAGCAGUUAACCUCCAACAACAACUGCUCCCCGGGCGCCAAUUAUGUCGACAUUGAUUAAGGCAGCCCCCACACCUCACAUUUCGGUUGAAUGCAUUCAGUUGUGCAACUGUCUAGGUAUCCCCCUUUGCACUAGGGGCCCAGGUAAAAAGUAUUGCACUACAUAGGGAAUAGGGUGCCAUUUCAGACACAUUAUACUCACUGCCACUAUGGUUGUAACAGUCAUGGAAUUUUGGAUGGUGAUUGGCCAGCCAAAUUACUGCGGUCCUCAUAAUAAAUAUAUGCAUAUUAUUUUUAUUGUAUUUUUUUGAGACGCACAUUUUCUCCUCUCCUGACUGCAUGUGCUGCCAUAGAAAUAGAACGAAUAGAACAAGUGUCUACAUUCAAGUCAAUGACGGCAUAAUGGGUGGACAUUGCCAGUGUACUCAUAGGAGCAAAACAGGAAGUAAAAUAUGUGCUAAAAUAUGUACAGUGAUUUGUUGAUUCAACUCAACUGACAUUACAAAAAAUACCUUCCAUUGCAUGAGCCACAUCAGUUAACAUAAUUUGAAUGAACAUUCUACAUUACCAUGGAAAUUAUUGCAUCACAAUAUCAGGCAGCCAUUGCAAGUGUACCCAUGAGUUAACCAGUCAAAUUGCCAGGGUUAGAGGUUCCAAGCCCCUUCUAUUCAUUCUAUGUGUGUUGCUGCUGCAUUGUGUGUGUGGGGGGGGGUGUUGCCUAGGCAACCAAAGACUUGUUUGCUUGUUUCAGCCAGGAGCAACAAAGUUUCAUUACGAUGUUAAUAGUCCAUGUUACGGCUGAAACGGACUCAAUCGCCCAAAUCCCCGGCAGUCCAGUCUUCAGUCAGCUGUUCGUUCCACAAACAAACAUCUUUUUUUUUUUUUACAGUUAUGACGGUGAUUUUAUUUUCAUGACGGUCUUCAUCCAUAAUCGUCAGUUUUAUAACGGUAAUUGUGCCAGCCCUAACUGGCACAUAUGGUAAACAAACAGUAUUGUUGUCCUACAGCCACUUACAGAGUAGACACACUGGUCCAAAGCAAGUCAAAGAUCACAACAUGAGGAAGCAAUCUGUGGAGCGUAAGUCAUGUUCAAGUCGGCAUGGCCAAGACGACAGCAAACAAACACGCAUUACAUUCCUGUACAGUCUGUUGCCUUCAUGCACAGAUCUAGGAUCUAGCAAAGCUACAAGUUGGAUCAGUAGUGAGGGCAACACACUCCUAUGCAUAGCCUGCAAUCCAAAUGGCACCCAAAUUCCCUACGUAGUGCACUGCUUUCAUCCACAGUCCUAUGGGCCUUGGUCAAAAGUAGUGCACUAUUAUAGGGAAUAUGGUGCCAUUUGGGACACGCCUCUCUCUGUGUCACUGACCUGCAGGCCUCCCUGGCACAGCUCCAUCAGACCCUGGAUCAGGUAAUACUUGGCCUCUGCCAGCAGCUCUAGAGCCCCCCUGCCUGCCAGGUGACCGCUUCCUCCCGCAGGUACGUCAGGAUGGAGCCAAAGUGCUUCCCACUACGAUCUAUCAGGAUCCAGCCUGGACAGGACCAUGCAAGGCAAGUAAAGGCAACGGUCAGUUCCGGUCAGAUUUUUUAGAGUAGCGUAGUUCCAUUUAUCUGUUUGAUGAUGUGCCUGCCAUAAGGCCUGUACAUCUACAUCUAAAUGGUAUUUGUAAUCAUUGCUGAUGUUUGUUGCUUUAGCCAUCUGCUCCAUUUCCGAAGUCUGUAUUAGACUAAGUAGAGUUUCAUCUAUGUUUCUGAUCCAUAAGAGUGACUGUGAGACUUUCUGGAAGUCUCCAAAGUCCUUCUCACCCUCUCUGUCAAUGAAGACCUCCUUCCUGCCACUGAACAUGGCCUUCAGCACGGAGUCCUGCCUGGUGAGCACCUGCAGCGUGGUGUAGAACAGGGUCCCCCCUACAUUCAGACGCACAUACUUGUUACCCAGGCCCACCGCCGCUCUGUAGCUGCAGGUCUUGGGACACGCCAUCUGGGAGGCUGUGGGGGGGAAUAGAAUCAAACUUGUCUAUUCAAGGAUGAAAAUGUCUAUUUGGCAUCACCAUAUAAGAAUUUUAAAGAUUGCAUACACUUACACAUCAUUCACAUUAUAAACAGUCAGCCCAGCACACUGUAUAGCCUACAUAAACACAUAGAGGAUAUUGGCACAUUCAUUCAUAACUGACCGCUGCCCUCAUUGCCCCACCGUUCCAUGUAUACCUUCAUGGGAAAGUCUAAUGGCUUGGGAGCCAGUGGAGGUGACCUGGGUCUGGGGGGUGGAGGACAUAGUCGGUGCUGGGGGAGCUGGCAGCUGUCCCCGGACAUGUCCCUCUGAAGGUAGACGACCACCCUGCAGAUGGAGGUCCUGAUGCCCCCCGCCGUGGUGACAGCUACUGGGGGGGACCGCCACAGCCUUUCACCGGCCCUGCAGAUCAUACCUGGUGGAGGGGAUCAAUAA